CCCCCCCGCAUAGAUAUAUUGAAACCAAGAGGAAAGCUAAAUUUAAUAACAAUUACCCUUUCCUGACACCGGAAUUGGCUCCCUGCAGCUCCAGCCUCCCUCUGCCUAAGGGCAAGACCAGACUUGUAUGGACAUAAUUCAGUCCUUAUCAGUGCAACUGUAGGCAAUUUUAUCCAGAAGCUAAAGCCCCUUGAGUUCAGCGGAGCGCAAUUCCAUUCAUGCCUACUUAAGCACGCGCUUCCGUGUUUCUAAGGGCUUAAUAGCCAGGUAUAGGAUUGCAGCUUCACUUCCUAGUACGUAUAUUUAGGAUUGGAGCCCAAACUGCCUCAGAUAGCAGGGUGAUCGUAUAGGACCUUAAUCCCUAGUAUGGUACAGAUUUUGGACUCCAACCUAGGUUGCCUCAAAUAGCAGGAUUGCAGCCUUCGUCUCUAGCGCAUGUAUCUAGGAUUGUGGCGCCUUCUGAGCUUUAGAAAGUGGGCUGCCUUCCACGUGGCGUUCCCUCUCCUUUAAAAACAAAACACUCCCUUCCCCGUCCAGUUCUUCGUUUCCUCCUUUCGUUCCAAAUCGAUCCCAAGGGAGGGCGGGCGGGUGUGUGUUUCUCUCUGGCCGGAGAGAGGCGGGGCGUCGCCUGGUGGGCGAAGGCGAGGCGCCAAGCAGCGUCUGUUGCCUUGGGCGCUCGUCUCCUCCGCCGGCUCUCUCGUCGGACAGGGCGGGGAGGCGGCGGUGGUUCCGAGCUGCAAACUCGGCGUGGCUGAGAAGGUGGCGACACAGACGCGCACAGAAAGACCAGAAGAAAGUUCUAGCAGAGCCACAGGGCAGCCCUUCUCCAUGGAAGCCUCGCGGCCCGGACUUGACUUCUGGGCGCGCUGCGCCAGGAGCGACGAAGCUCUGGUGCUUUAGACUGGCCUCUCCCGGGGCGGAGAGGCGUCUGCGCGCAAGCAGCCAUGGGCGACUUUGCAGAGGAGCCGCAGCAGGCGGAGGACGAGGCGUGCUGCGACUUCGAGCCUUUGCCUGCGCUCUCGGAGGACGAGGUGAGCGUGGCCCGAGGCGAGGACAGAGCAGCCCGGGCGCCGCGCGCAAACUUGCCCUGGACGGUCGCCUCCAUCCACCCGGCGCACCUUCCAGCUCCAGCUUCCCUCCCCGCUCGGCUGCUUUCUGUGUGUGGCGCUUGUCUCGGGGCGGAGGGUGGAAUCGCCCCUGCUAGGCCACUCCGGGGAUAAUGGGCUCUGGUUGACCUGCGGUUGUUGCCCUCCCGUGUUGUGGGAAUGUAACCUAGGAACCGCAUUUCCAUGGCCUGACAACCGUUGGCCGCUAUUAACCUUUCGGGGAAUAGGCAGCAGCAGCAGCAGCAGCAACUGGUCAAAAUUGCUCCAUAAAGGCGACUGGCUGAGCCCAGUCCACUUUUCAGUGAAAACUACCCCACAUGCCUUUUAGAAAACAAAAGCACAAAAAAGUGAACCUUUGGUACAGUCAGUUGCAAAGACGACCUAUUAAGCAAGUUUUUAAAAGUAGGUAAAGAGAGGCUGAAGUCCUAACAUGCUUGGUUUUUUUUAAAGCCUCAUUGAAGUCAAUGGUUGCUAAGUAAACACAGAGAUUGAAUCAAGCGGGUUUAAUCCCUUAAGGUAGGUAGAGAGGCUGAAGUCCUAGCAGAUCUUGUUCUGAAAAAGCCUCCUUGAAAUCCCUGGCUGCUACAUAAAGGUAGAGGAUGACUUGUGACCUCUAAGCAAAGGGGGCCGAAUCCCAUAAAGUCAGCUGCCCCUUUGAUCCCAUUGAUUUUAGAGGGAGAAAUAAGCAGAAACUUAACUCUCACAGAAGUCAGCGGGUCUUACACUGCUGGAGUGUGCCCAUGUUUAGGGUCAGUUUGAAACACUGGUAUCUUUCUAAAGUCGUGGACAAUAGCUCAGCUGGUUAGAGCAUGGUGCUGAUAAUGCCAAGGUUGCAGGCUUGAUUCCUGUAUGGGACAGCUCUAUUUUCCUCCAUUGUAGGGGGUUGGAAUAGCUGAUACUCAGGGUCCCUUCCAACUCUCUGAUUCUAAGCAUAAUUUCACUUUUUGAAGUGUGCUGAAUUACCUUCUGUGUAUGUUACCAGUCUAUAUUAAUACAAUGGCGUGUGCUUUGAGAAACUGAAUUUUAGAUACUUCAAUAAAGUGCCAAUAUUAUGACUUUCCAUGAAAGGCCUUUAGUGCAACAAGAUGUGUUCAUCAAACUCUAUACAUGUGCCAAUAAAAGCACAUAGGAAUGUAAAUGUGGUCUUCCACUUGUACUGGAAGUAGGUGGGUUUUCAUUCAGAUCAAGGCAUUCUUUGGUUUGUAGUUUGCUCAUUAGUUAAAGAUUUUGCUUUAAUGGAGCUAAAUCAUUUUGGGGAGCAGAGAAGAGUAAGCUUAAUAUAUUGGCCUUGGAUACUGCCCUAAGUAUUUACCCAGAAAUGUCAAAAAGCAGCUUUAAAAAAUGAAUGUCAGUGUGAGAAUUAUUUAAAUUUUCAACUUCCUAGAAAAAACAUGCAUUCAUUUUUUUGGGGGGGGGGAAUCAAGUGAUAAAUCUGUUUGUUAGCUUGCUCAUAAGGAAGUAUUUUGUGUUGACAAAGUACAUGCAAUGUCACAAACAGCUACUUUGGAACUGCUUACAUUGAGAAGUAAAAUACUGUAACAGUUGUGAGCACCAAUCAAGUUAAUAGUGGAUAUUAACAUAAAGUAGGUGUUGUUGUUUAGUCAUUUAGUCGUGUCUGACUCUUCAUGACCCCAUGGACCUCACCCCAGGUGAGGUGAUAGUAGCAAUAUUUACCUCCCCCCCCCCCAUGAACCUUUGGACAUAUAGGAAAGGUUUAAUAUUUUUUAUAAAUGUGUCUCAUUUUCUUUUAGCAUCAUAGAUGAGUAAAUAAAUACAUACCUCUCUCAUCUUGGAUUUAUGUUAAUUCCAUGCAUUUUUCAUUAGUAACAAGCUAUUUGGAGGAAGGGAAGGAGAUGGAAUUAUUUCAUUUUUCCUGUGCUGCUCAUUCAUAGCUGUGCCCCACAAGCCCUGUGCUAUGUCAUUGACAAUCACCUUAGCAACUGUUCCAGAUGAAAUACAAUUUGGAAUCUGUAGACAGCUUCAACUAGAGAAAAAGAGCACCACAGACAGUAGGGGGGAGAAUUAAGAAGAACAGGAGAGGAAUGGAACAACUGGAAGUCACCAUAAAAGUGCACUGUGUGAAAGAGACAUGUGUCUUCUAGAUCUUUUGUCCUAGAAAGCCUUAAACUUGCUGGAAACAUGUUGGGUUUGUGUAUUAUAGAUUAUAUUUGACACAAUUGGCUGCAAGUAAUGUCAAAAAAUGUGGAGUAAUUUAUGAAUUCAUGUCUUGGCAGGAGAACGUGUCUCUUGCUGAUGUAUUGUCACUGCGGGAUAGCUGUCUCACUGAGGAAGAUAUCUGGGCUGUUUGCUUGGAGUGUAGCCAGUCUCUGAAGAGCAUUGCCCAUUCUGCAAUCUUUCAGACACUUUGCAUUACUCCUGACACUUUGGCUUUUAACACCAAUGGCAAUGUAUGCUUCAUGGAGCAGAUCAGUGGUAAGUAUUUAUGCUCCUAGGCAAUUCGUUGCAAAGUGCAAAAACUCACGCUGAGAGGAUGUAGUGAAACAUUAUAUUCUCUCCAUCAGAUUUGUACAUGGAUUUUAAUUAGAUUGGAAACUGUAAUUUCUUAAUGCAAGGAUGAGUGUCAGCCCACGUAAAGCUAAAUUAGGAUAUAUCAACUAAUACUGUAUGUUCAUUUAGUUGUUACAGUGUUGAACAAAGGUUUCCAAUUCAAAUUUUAAUAAGCUUUUAGAUUCAAUUCAUUGGGCUAAUCAAUAUCUUCCAAAGGAUCUACAUGAUGAUUGCUGCCAUACACUUGUCUGAAUGUGCUUUAAAUCUAAAGAGAGUCUUACAACUAGGAGAGGAUGUGAGGAACUGAGGAGGAGAUGCCCUAGUAAAAACUGAUGUAGCUGGCAUUGGAAAUUUUUUUUUUAACAAACAAUAGGUUAAAGCCUUACGCAACUUACUGUCCCUCCAGUGAAUUGGACUCAUACUUGUUGGAAAUAAUGAUGGCUAAGAAUUAAAUUCCAAACUGUCCCCAUAUUCCAUUAAUCUGUAUGCUGAAAUACUAUUGGCUAAGAUGAUCAGAGCAAUGUUGCCUUGCCUCAGUAUUUCUAAACACUGUGAAGAAGAAGCCUGGGGGGAAACAAGAAGGCUGGAUGGAAAGCUGGGUAAUAUUUAAUCCUUCCGAUGUGGCAAGAGGAAACCUAUGAGGAAGUGGGAGUGAUGGGCAGACAUGGUUCUCCCAUAUGUGAGAGGAAUUGGGAAUGUUCUGUUAAUAUAAUUGUGUCCUGAAAUGCUCAUCCAGCUAGCAACAGAGAGUAUACUCUGUUUUGGAGGUGGGGACUCUUUGCAAAUAUGGAGAGAUGGGGUUUAAAAAUGAAUGUGAUGUGGGGAGCUGCCUGUAAGCAACUGGAGGAAGGAUGGCUCUCUGGACCUGUCUGCUUGGAACUGAGGAAGAGAAGGCACAUCAGAGCCAACUUCUACUCUUCUGAGGCCUUGUGCAGAUGGGCAAGUCAGAAGUAGAGUUGAGGGCUCCACCACAGAUGCAAGAUGUAUUCCCUUUUAUUCUGGGUAACUAUGCCGGCCUUGAAAUUAACUACCUGCCUUGGGCAAGUAACAGUAAUUUCUAAGAAAGUAGCUUUCUCAGGUUAUGUGACACAAGAUAAAUGGGGCAUAUAACUUUGCUUAUGUACUGGUAAAUUUUUCAUACUGUCCGUCAAGCUGUACUAUAUUAGCUCAUUGGUUUUAUUUUCAUGUCUUGUAUUUUUUCAAGCACCUUUAAAUUGGGUCUAGCAGCUUGCAAUACAAGAUUUAAUGGCUUCAGCAUGGAUUUAUUAUCUGUCUAGCAGCAUCUCAAAACUCAUUGUAGUAAAUAUGUAGUGGGGCAACUAUGUCAUCAGAGGUGUUCUCUAAAUGUUUUGGGACUCCUGACAACCAAGGCUGCAAUCCUGGCACUGGUUACUUGGGAGUAAGCCCUAAUGAAUUCAGUGGGACUUACUUCUGAGUAGGCAUGGUUAGGAUUGCAGGUGAGGAACCUGUGCUGUCUUGAUAUUGUUGGCAACCAACUUCCAUUGACUGAGGCUGAUAGGAGUUGGAAUCCCAACAAUGUUGGAAGGACCACAGAUCCCCAACUCCUAUAGGACAGAGAUAUAACCUCUCUCACUGAUGUGCCAUUUUAUAUAUGAGGAUCUCUGAGAUGGGUGUGUAGGAGGAAGAGGUAGCAUCCUUACUCAGCAUAAAAUAGCAUAGAAUAGUGCAGGGAGAUGGUGUUGGUUGUUGGUUUAGUCUUAUCUGGAGUUUCCACGUCUGGGACAAGUGUGGAUGGUCUUGUCCCUUUUUUGCUUUUCCCCACAAAGUCAAGACCUCCUCCUAUCACAUUUGUUUUUCUUAUUUGUCUAGGUACAACUUCCUCACUAAUUCUAAGACUGCUGUAUAAAUAUCCUGGAGACCCUGAACUAAGACAUCAGUCUUAUUUUUCCUCUUUGCCCUUUCUUGGACCUUGCAUUUGAUGAAAAGCUUAGUAUGGAGAGGAUUUCAGAUUGCCGUUUCUGAUUUGUCAGAACUUAGACAUGCUUAAAUAGCUUCAUGGAGCUAUAUGGUCAUUGAAACAGAUGUCCAGCACCUUUACAUUCUAAGGGGCCUUGCUUGCAUACAACCAGAAUUCUGUUUUGAAAUUUCUUGUAAUGUGAAAGGUCAACUGUCUUAGACUUUUUGAUAGUAGUUGGUAGGAACUGAAGCUAAACAAAUUGAACUGAUUUACUCAGUGCUGAAGCCUUUGAGAUCUUCAGCAAGCUUGUUACUACCUAUUUGUUCUCUGCUUUCUCUCUUUCAUAAAAAAGAUUAAUUUAUUUAACAACCAUGUCAGAAUUUCUAAAUCUCCAGUUCUCUUCUCAAGUUCAUUGAUGAUGUCUUUCUAGAUUGCAUUUAACUGUGAUGUAAUUGUUGAAAUGACAAGAGAACAGAAUUUGUGGAUAGCAUUGCACUGAUGGUGUCCUCUCUCCAAUGAUUCAGUAGCCUCAAUUGAGUGAUGUGUUAAAUAAUAAUAAUAAUAAUAAUAAUAAUAAUAAUAAUAAUAAUAAUUUAUUAUUCAUACCCCGCCCAUCUGGCUGGGCUUCCCCAGCCACUCUGGGCGGCUUCCAAAAGAAUAUUAAAAUACUGUGAUACAUCAAGCUGAACUCCUCAAGCUGAAAUCCUCAAGCACUGCUCCUUGGAUGUUUUUGUUUAAAAGGAGAUGUCUCUGGCUUGAUUUGUCCAUUUCACCCUAAAUUUAACCUGCUGAUAACAAAGUGCUCUAGUGUUGCACUUGCUACUGUUCCUAGGUGCAAUAUUCACCCAUUUCAGUUUUGCACCUAGAAAUAUUUCAUUCAUUUUGUUUGUAUGAUGCUUUUCCAUACACAAAAAUUGUGCUCAAAGCAGCUUGCAACAAAGAAACACAUGCAUUUCAAACAAACAUUACAAAAACAAUUUCAUGAUAAUGUAGAAAAGCAGUAUCAGUAACAAUUUCGGAACAUAGCAAAACAAAAAUAAUAGCGUAUUAACAUAGCAAAACAACAGCAAAAGUAGUAAUUUACCAAACAGCCACAUUCUAGUACUAUAAAUAUGGAAAGAUUACUUAAGCAACAUGUAACAUCCAAUAGUAAAAAUAACAAGGGAGUUUCACAGAUUCACCACACUCCUAAAAACACCCCUCUCAGUCCCUCUCCUGCAGCAGCAGCUUAUAAGGCUUCCAAGGGCAAAGGGGGGGGGGUAGCUGGAAACACCCCUCCCAUGAUAUUGCCACCUACCCACCUGCUGUGUAUUUACCCUUAGCAACUGAGACUUUUUCAAACCUGCUUGCAGCCUUAGUUCCUUCUGUCCACUGUUGUCAUCAUCAUCAUCAUUAUCACUAGAAAUUGAAGAUUUAUGUGGCAUAAGUGGAGACUAAGGCUAUGUCACUAGGUGAACACUUGAAUCCUCUUUCACUAUAAUUCCCCCCAAAUUAUGAAUGGGUGAGGGACAAUAUCUUCCUAUGCAGUUAAGAGUAUUCAUGAAAAUUGCCUCCAUACUUUUGUUCAGAUGCUUUUUCCUAAAUGUGUCCCUCUCUGGUUUAUAGAGCUCCAGUUUUAAGCGUUGAUACUGCUUUGCUCGUAUUGUGUUAUCAAACAAACCCAACAGAGUAAUUGUAUACUUUGGAUCAUACUUUGUUUCUGAGGUGGUGCUGGUGGGAGACUAGGAUCAGACCAUGAACUAGUGUGGUACCUCAGGUGUGCCACUUCCCUGCUGGGGAGAUAAUUCACUAUGGAGAUACUAAUAAAUUAACUGGAAGAUCCUAUGUCUGUCUUUAUGCAAGGUCUCUCUGACCCUGUAAGACAGAAUGUGCUAGAAAUAUCUUCCAGAAGAGCCCAGAGUCAGCAUCUUAAGAUCUGGAGUCUGUAAGAAUCUAUCAGUCUGUCAGCCUUCUUCUUCAUCCUUGAAAUGGAUUGAUGGCAUUUAACCUUCAAGAUAGCUACACAUGACAAGGAUUAAAUAGUUUGCAGUUUGUUUUUUCCCAUUAGGCACAUGCGAUGAUAAGGUAUGUCUUUAUCACUCUUAUUUGGGAUAUUAGUAAUUCCUUAAAUAGAAUUACUUGUGAGUUAUACAGAACACCUUUACGAUGCCAUUUUUAAAGAGGAAAUAUUAGAAAAUAAUUGUAUCAGUUUUGUGUGAUUUUUUUUUUGGCAAUGCAUAUUGCUGCAUUUAUAUAAUUCAGUAGUCAAAAGCUGUUGAAUCUACUUUAUAGAUACUGGAAGGAUUUUUAAAAUUUUGUUCUUGAAACAUUCUGCUUGAAUGUAUUCUAUUUUAACUUCUUAAUCCCUGCUUCUUUUUAAAGAUGACCCAGAAGGUACCUUUGUGCCACCAGAGAUUGAUGAAACUGGUAACACAUUUGAGGUAAGUAAUGAAGUUUCCAUGUAACAACCUUGUCCUUCUAUAACCACAAAUAGUUUCAUAAAAUUUUGAAUUUUUGAAUAUGAGCUGUUUAUUCCCCAAAGUGAACGUCUAUAUGUUCCCCCCUCCCUUGAUUUUGGCCCCCACAUAUUUUAAUAUGGAUCACGGACAGAUUUUUGUUGUUGUACUAACAAUGACUUCCAAGAAUUCAGUCCUUCAUUAUGUACUGAAAUGAAACAAAACAAAACACUGUUUGGCAGAUAAAAGUAGUGGUUUGCACUAAGCACCAGCUCUUUUAAACUCUGAUUUUUCUUAAUUUGUUCAAGGACUAAUUCUGAAUUUUAUUUUGUUGUUGUUGUUGGAACAGAGCAUACCAGGCACUCCUGUCUUCCACUGCCUCCCGCAGUUUGGUUAACUCAUGUUAGUAGCUUCGAGAACACAGUCCAACCAUCUCGUCUUCUGUCGUCCCCUUCUCCUUGUGCCCUCCAUCUUUCCCAACAUCAGGGUCUUUUCCAGGGAGUCUUCUCUUCUCAUGAGGUGGCCAAAGUAUUGGAGCCUCAGCUUCACGAUCUGUCCUUCCAGCCUUCCAGUGAGCACUCAGGGCUGAUUUCCUUCAGAAUGGAUAGGUUUGAUCUUCUUGCAGUCCAUGGGACUCUCAAGAGUCUCCUCCAGCACCAUAAUUCAAAAGCAUCAAUUCUUCGGCAAUCAGCCUUCUUUAUGGUCUAGCACUCACUUCCAUACAUCACUCCUGGGAAAAUCAUAGCUUUAACUAUAUGGACCUUUGUCGGCAAGGUGUUGUCUCUGCUUUUUAAGAUGCUGUCUAAUGCUUGUCAUUGCUUUUCUCCCAAGAAGCAGGCGUCUUUUAAUUUUGUGUCUGAAUUUUAUAGCAAACUAUAAAAUGUACUUGGUAUUUUCUAUAAAAAUAACUCAUGAUGGAAUAGUUAAUUUGGUCUUCUGGUAUAAUGAACUUACCAACUGAUGUCUAUAGCCUAGUAGUUCAUAAAUGUUCUUUAUUCUUGAACUGAAUUAGUGGCAUAAUUGUUUCCAUUGAUUCAUUAGCCUCCCUGAUCAGACACCCUUUAGACCAACUGCAAUGUGUGAAUUUUUGUUGUACAUCCUGUUCAGAAUAUUCAAUGUUUUGUUGUUUCUAUUAUGAAUUAUAUUCAAAUAGUCUAAUUAGCAGUGUGUGAAUGUGAGCAUCUAUUUUUUAUAGAGCCAUUGUAUAGAGCUACUCAAUUAAAAUCCUCAUAAUUUUUCUCCAUUUUAAAAAUAAUGUGUAAAUGAGUCCUGGCAAUUGGAAUAUUAUAUAUCAGCAGGAUGCAAAACAGUAUUUCACAUUAUUAAGUUUCUUUUAAACUAUGCUUUUAGAUCUUUCAAUCUAUAGGGCAGUUACCUGAACCUACAUCAAAUGUAUCACUACACUUUUAUUGGUAAUAAAAGUGAACUUAUUGGAUAUGUUUCAGCAUUAGGUACCUGGCCAAUUGUGGCUGAUAGUGCUGCUGUUUUAUAUCCGCUUUAUUUUAGGUACAAUUAUUCUAUUCAUUUGAAAGACAUACCAUACUUUUCCGUGUAUAAGACACCCCCUAUUUUGGGGGGCUCUAAUUUAAGAAAAUGGGGGGAGAUGGCUCAGAGUUGUGGAGCUUUUUUAAGGGGGGAAAUGUCAAAAAUCGCUCAUCCACACAUGCCGCUCAAUCCGCCUCUCAUCUGUCCCCUCACCAGCAGAAGCUACCAAUUGCCGCAGCAUUAGCCAGUCAACACCAGCCCUUGACGCAGCAACCAAUAACACACCUAAUAGUUGCUGACAGCUGCGGCAGCAACCAAUCAAACAUCCACCCUAUGCACUAUCUGUUGAUAAGAUGACCCCCACUUUUUCGCAUAAUUUUUAAAGAAAGAAACCUAGUCUUAUACACGGAAAAGUAUGGUAUUCUUUCAAUCAGUAGACCACCUAAGAGUGAUGGUCUCACUUUUUAAUAGGAGUGGGGAAGAGCUGCAUUAACUUGUGUCUAACCUUCUGGGUGUCCCAUGUUGCUAGUAUGUCAAGCCAAUGCAAAAAAAAUGGGUGGGAUUCUUCUCCCUCUCAUAUAUAGUACCCAUUCAUAGGUAUUUUUUCAGCCAGAAUUCAGUUCUGGAACAUGGGCGCCAUUGUCAUUCAAAGAGAAUAAGGCGAGUUCAUGGCAAGUUCUGGCACCUCUUUUUCUAGAAAAAUAGCAGUGCUAUGGGUGUAGCCAAAGGGGAAGGGGGGCAGCUGCCCCCCAGUCAAUACAAAUCUGAGGUUCUGACCCCCUUAACAAAAGUCUAUCCCUUCCAACAAAAGCCUGCCCCUCCUAACAAAAACUCUAGUUAUGCCCAUGAGCAGUGCCCAUACAUACUCAUUCCUACACAUGCACCCACAAUACAAACCCAUAUAUCCCCCUCUCUCACACAGUAUUAUUUGAAGAGCCUCCCAUCAAAAGGCAAUUGGGCUUUUAGAGCGUAGGAGGCUGUUUUAAGCUUCAUUUUCAUGUGAGGGAAGACUUCACAGAAGACGAGUGGUCCCCACUCCUGCCUUAUAGGGUUGCUGAAUCAAAGGUUCCAAAAUUCAAGAAGUUUAAGUUGCACAUUGUGCAAUAUGUUGCUUCAUCUGCAAAAAUGAAAUGCCACGAAACAAAAGGGAAGGAAACACAUUACUAGUGGUUUUCCCAAUAUUGGAAAGUACCAGGAAAGUUCUUUUUAAUAUUCUCUUGAUAAACUUGAUACAAAGUUAAGUUCAUAUGUUAUGCUCUCCCUUUUCAAGUAGUCUUGGGCAAGUUAGUAUCAUUCCAAAUCUGUAAAGUGGUAUCAUUGUGAUUACUUCAUAGUGUUAUUAUGGUGAUACAAUUAAGGGGGGUUACACUAGGAAAAACACUUGCUACAUAAUACAGUAAGUCAUAACUCAAGUCAGAAUUUUGGGUCAUACACUAGGGAUGGUUGCAGCACGGACAUCAAACAAAACCAACAUGCUAGUUAUAUGAAUUCUGAGGUUUGGGUGUUUUUUUUAGUUUACAGCAACAAAAGACAUAGUUAAAAUAGAAAUGAUGCAUUUAUUGAGGUUUAAGGAAGGUAAAUGAACCCAGUUUUCUGCACUGAGUAGCUCUUUUUCAGCUGUAACUGUGUCCAUGCCCUGAAACCAAUCCUUGUUCACAACAAUAUGCCAUGGAGAACUCUGUUUGAACAGCGAUUCUGGAUCACAGCCGUGACUGUCCUCAGUAUCACUUGAAGCUCUUGCUCUCCUUUUGAAGAUAUCUAUCCAUAUUCCGCAAAUGAAAAACAAUAUUUUGAUACUACACUGUACUGCACUGAAAUAUUUUAAGUGUUUAUUUGUCCUUGAAUCUUCCCACCACACUUGCCACCCUCUCCUGUCACGUCAGUGUGGUGCAGCACAGCCUUUGAGAACCAUGGCCUUAGACUAGGUCAGGGAUAUCCAACACGUUGAUUGCGAUCCACUGGUAGAUUAGAUUGCGGUCAAUCGCUGGCUGCCUUUCCUUAGCAUAGGUAAAAUACAAUCUGGCCCCUCCCCAUCACUCUGCUCUCCAUUGUUGCACCAUCUGCAGAUUGGAAGACGGAGUUUACUCAGCAAGGGUGUUUGUUUUCUCAGCAAUGUGCUGGUGAGUGGCUAUUCCCCUAUCUCCCUUGAAGUUAGGCAUGAACUCUCCAAAAUUGGGGCUUUCUCCCUCCGUAAAAAAGUUCAGCAACUUUGCCCCAAACCCCCAAAACCCAGGGCUGUCUAAAAAAGCUCAACAACUUUGACCUGGAUGCCAAAAAAAAAGGGGGUAGAUCACCGCCAGUUUUUAAUUUUUUUUUUUAUAAGAUAUUUAUUAAGAUUUUUUAAAAUAUUACAAUAAAAAUUAGGGGGGGGAAAUGACAAAAAUACAAAAUAAAAAUAGUUAAAAACACACAGAUUUUCCAUUACUUAUUUUCCUUUGACUUAUUUCCCGGACCUCCUCAUACCUCCCUUUUUUGUAUUCCACUUCAAUCUGUUGGUUCAGCAAAUCCUUUAAAAGUAAUAAUAUUAAAUGUUUACCUAUUUAUAACCCGUUUUUCAUAUUCCCUUAAAGCAUUACAGCUGGAAACCACUUAAUUACUAUCCAACAUCAUUCUAGCAUUCAUUAAUUUUACAAUAUUUCUGUAGAUAAUCUUUGAAUUUCUUCCAAUCUUCUUCCACCGACUCUUCUCCCUGGUCUCGGAUUCUGCCAGUCAUUUCUGCCAGUUCCAUAUAGUCCAUCACCUUCAUCUGCCAUUCUUCCAGAGUGGGUAGAUCUUGUGUCUUCCAAUACUUUGCAAUGAGUAUUCUUGCUGCUGUUGUGGCAUACAUAAAAAAAGUUCUGUCCUUCUUUGGCACCAAUCGGCCGACUAUGCCUAGGAGAAAGGCCUCUGGUUUCUUCAAAAAGGUAUGUUUAAAUACCUUUUUCAGUUCAUUAUAUAUCAUUUCCCAGAAGGCCUUAAUCCUUGGGCACGUCCACCAAAGGUGAAAGAAUGUACCUUCAGUUUCUUUACAUUUCCAGCAUUUAUUGUCGGGCAAAUGAUAGAUUUUUGCAAGUUUCUCUGGGGUCAUGUACCACCUGUAUAUCAUUUUCAUAAUAUUCUCUCUUAGGACAUUACAUGCCGUAAACUUCAUACCUGUGGUCCAUAACUGUUCCCAGUCAGCAAACAUAAUAUUAUGUCCAACAUCUUGAUCACCGCCAGUUUUUAAUUCAGUGAGUAGAUCACAGUCUCAUGGGUCUUGGCCACCCCUGGACUAGGUUACCGGCUUUAUUCUGAGCAAGGAUCAUUUGCUAAACAGAGAGUGAGCCAUUAUGGUGUAAGCCACCACACUGUCACAGACAGGAGACUGCACACACCCAACUGAUCCCCAGAACUCCUUGCCAAUUCCAACAUAAACAAUGCCUAUAGUUUGGCCAUGAAUCCUACUCUUGAGAGUGAAUAAAUCCCAGCCAGGCAAGCAUAUCCUGUCUUGAUUAAAUCAAGUGCCCUUUGUGCAUUUACUGAGGAGACUCAAGCUUGUCCCUUUCAGUCAAGACAAGAUCACUAUAUUCAAAAUAAGAUCUGUCAGGUAGAGACACCCUUGUAACUUUGCUGUAGCCCUUAAGCGGGAUGCCUAGCCGAUAUGACUCAGGGUGACAUGUGAGAACUCAUCACCUGUGUCCUUUGUUAUGUAAUGAUUCUCAGAUUAAGCUCAAGUCUUUGUGAAAAGCCCCUUUGAAAUCCCUGCUGAGAUUUAUACAGAAGGUUAUACAGAGGGCGCUUGCAUAGUAUUCAUUGGGAAGGAGCUCCAGAACAAUAGUACUGCCACACUGAAAGCUCCUGGUACUCAUGGAGCCAGUAUCAUUGUGAAGCACUGUCAAAAGUGCCACUACUGCUGUUUCUAGUGGUUGAGCAGGAAUAUAUAGGGCAAGUAAAGUAGGCUCAUGUUGUUUAUGGCUUUAUAUACCUUAAAUUUGCAUAUUAGUAGCCAGUAGAGAUUGGCUGGGGAGACCUGGCCGGAUGGGCGGGGUAUAAAUAAUAUAAUUAGUUGUAGUAGUAGCCAGUAGAGACUAAGUAAAAAUAUUUUAUGCUGAUGAUAAACUGUACCUAUCAGGAGGUGUGCUGCCAUGUUCUGCACUGGCUGCUGUUUCUCAAGUAGCUCCAAAUGGAAAUCAUAGCCACUGUGUGGCUAUGAUAUUUUUGCAGCUGUCAAACCAACAUUUUGUAAAAAGCACCCCUGCCUGCUGAAGAUACCUGGGUCAGCAGCAGCAGCUGAAUGUAGGAGUACUACCACCAGAUAGCAUAUCUCCCAGAUAGGGAAACAAUUGGAGUUUCCACCUCCAAAUAAUACCGGAGUAGUUUAGGGGAGAAGGAUUUAAGGACCUCACAGUACCUCCUCCCCCACCCCCCGCUUCCCACCUCCACUGCCCUUAUUAGUCCCAGGGAAAGGAAGUUUCCAUUGAUGCCAUUCAUGCAUUAAAUGUAUCAUCUAAUUUGGUUGUCUUAUAUGUGGAAAGGAACAUUAAUAUUUCAUAUUUCCCUCCACAGUGUAUUGAUCAAGGAGACAAAAGCCUUAUACUGGUAUUGCUUGGAAAUAAUAGGAAACCAGAGUUUUGAAAUCAGUCAUUAAAAUAGGUGCAGUUUUGAAAGGUUCAGUCUGUCAUCUUGAUUGAAAUGGGUGAACUUUAAUACAGUUUCCAUACAUGUAGAAAAAGGAAUAUGGUUUGUCUCUGGUUAUUCAGGCUUUCUUUACAUAUUCACCAAACUAAGAACCCUUUAUUUAAUGUGGAACAGUGUGCUCAUGUUCUGCUUUACAGAAGUACAGAAUAAUGUGUAGUAUUGUUGAAACGUGUACAUGCAUCGACAUAAACAGAUUCUGAGUAGUAAAAAAAGGGUGGAGAAGAAGAAUAGUGAAACUUUUGUGUACAAAAGAUGUGGGUAAUGCCUGCAUCUGCCCAAUGCCUCACCAAGCACUGAAGAAUUCAUCGUUAAAUUAGGGUUCCAAGUUAUCCUAAGUAGUGGCUCAAUUAUUUAAAGUUGCUGCACCAUCAGUGGUAGACUGAGAAUGUGGAAACAUAGGUGUGUACUAGCCUAGUGUUUUACGUGGUGCCAAAAUUUCAGCGUAGUGCCACUGAUACUCCUACACUGGCAAGAUCUUUUUCUAAUCACUGUGGCACCAUCACAGUGGCAUGAGAGCUGAUAUGACUAGUAGUGGUGCCAUUGUUCACACUCAUUCUACAGCUGCUGCCUCUGCUACUACUGCACAUUGAUCUGGCGCCACUAAUGUGCAGUCCUGUUCUAGUCUCCUUAAACAGAAUAAUCAAAUAAUGGCAUCUGAGCCAAUACACUGUAUGUGUUGUUUUGUUUUGUAUUAACUGAAAUGGAUAGUCGCUUCAGUGGCUGUGAAUAGCAAUAAUGGAAGAGGAAUAUAUAAUAGGCAUAGCUACUUCAAACAUCGUGCUAUUAUUUUACAUAGAGAUCCUGUGCAGGAAGUUGUUGUGUAGUCAUUGCCGCGAACAUCGCUUGCAUUCGCACAAUUGAAAUACAUUAGAAAUGUUGUUAAAAUAAUUGGUGUUGUAAAUCUGCUAUAUAUUUGAAUGGCUCAACAGGGAGCUAGUUAUGAAAACUCCCCGUUACUAUUGUUAACAGCAGAACUGACAAAUUUAAUUGUGCUGCCUUUUGAGGCUUUAAUAUAAAUACAAACCAUGCCAUGUUGUCUACUGCUAAACACUGACGUUAGCUUUCAUUUUUAAAAGUCAGCUCAAGCAUCUACAAAACCUUACCUCACCCCGCAAGGUCUUUGUCGGUAAGCUUGCUUUGCGGUGACAUUAAAAGGCUAAUUCUGCUUACUCCCCUAGAUGUUCAAUGAAAAAUAUGAGUAUAUAGAUUUGGUUAUUAUUAUUUUUUAAUAUUGUGUUUGCUCAGUAUGGAUCACUUGCCCUUUAGGUGACAUUUUGUCUAAUUCAGACUCUGCCUAGCCCAGUAAGCUGAAGGGGUGAGUGGGCUUCAGGCAGUAGUGGGGACAUGCAGUGACGCACAGUCUGAUGUUCAGUGGAGAAGUACCAUGUGAAGUAGCUGCUGUCACCCCUAUCUUCAUUUGGGGGGGACUGAAUAGUGGGGAGCUUCAAAUCUCAUAUUGGCCCUGGUGCUGAGUAGAUUCCCCUUUGUCCAAGGAGGCAUAACCUAAAACUUCUGGGUAGUAAAGUAUUGUCUGGAAAGAGGAUGCAGGGUGUGGCUCAUCUGUAUCCUAAAGUCACCACAGAACUUGCUGCAAUAAUACAGUGCUUAAGAUACAGUAGGGAGGUAUUUUGUGGAAGAUCAACCAGCACACAACCUAGUUCGGGCAUGCAGGCGAGUCAUAAAAAAAUUAACCUUUGUGUUUUGUUCCUGCUUUCAUUGAUCAUGUUUUCAAUGCAGGGUGUGUGGCAACUCUAACAGGAAACACUUCCUCUUGUCUAAUAUGCAUUGAGGCAAACUGUUAGUGAGAUUUAUAAGUUAUAGUGUUAGGAAUGAUUGCAAAGGAGCUAUGUGUGCACAUGCAAGAGAACCCACACAGAGAGUGGUUUCACAAAUGUAUGCUCACCACGUGGUGACUGGCAUGUUUGAAUGAGCCAUCGCAGCUCUCAUAACCCAGAGAGAGCUUUGGUGUUCUCCAGUGUUACUUAAAACACAGAGGCUUGGUUCAUGCACAUCGCUUUAAGUCAUUGAUUGAUCAAGUGAUGAUGAAGUGUACAUCAUGGGAUAGUUGUAUUUUGGGAGAGGAGUGAUAAGGACAAGAAAAUAUUUUCUGUUUUCACUUUGACCUACUUAGUUUCCUCAACCCAUCUAAUGCCCAUUACUUAGAUUAUCAUGGCCCCAAAGGGCUUUCUACUUCAGUGAAUUUUUAUAUGUCUGCUGGAACCAACAGGAUAGGAUGGGGCAUAAAUAAAUAAUUUCCACUGAAUGUUGUGCUGUUGUGGUGAAAUAUUUUCUGUAGGUAAUGCAUCUAACCUAGAAUUGGAAGGCUUGGCUACAGUUUCUCAAACUGGAUAAACCACUGAUCGCUGCUUCAGUGUUUUAGGCUUUUCUGAUGUAUCUAGGUCAUUACAAAUGCAAAUCUAAAUGUGCUUUUAUGCUUUUUUUAAUCACAUCAGGGUGCAUUUAAUAUUGGGCACUUAAAAUUAGAACACUUUCCUUAGCACAUAAACCUUAAAGAUGUUCUGGUCAGAAAGUCCAGGCAAGCCAAAUGUGUUCACAGUUGAAUGGCUCUGAAUGGCUACUAGCCAUGAUGGCUAUAUGUUCCCUCCAGGUUUGGAACCACUUUGCUAGGGACAAACAACAGGAGAGAUAGCUGUUGCCCACACCAUGCUUUGGGGUUUCUCAGGGGCAUCUGGUUAGCUACUGUAGGAAGCCAGGUGUCAGACUAGAUCAGGCAUAGGCAAACUCAGCCCUCCAGGUGUUUUGAGACUACAAUUCCCAUCAUCCCUGACCCCUGGUCCUGUUAGCUAGGGAUGAUGGGAGGUGUAGUCCCAAAACAUCUGGAGGGCCAAGUUUGCCUUUGGUUCAAUGCAGCAGAUGUCUUAAGUUUAUGAAGCCUGUGUACUGAACAUUGUGUUAGCUAGUAACAGGCAAGGUACUGGCGGGUGCAAAAGUAAAUUUUGCAAACUAUAAAUUAGGCAAAGCAAGCAGAUAUGUAAAAGAAAUUCUGCUAUUUUCUGGUUUGUUAGGUAUAGGGAAGGAAGGGCAAGAAGCAGUGCAGGGCACAUAUCCUGCCCCUUCUCACUGGAAAUGUGUGUCAACAGCAAAAUAUUCAGUAUUGAAAUUUUCCAGCCUCCCCCACCCCCAUCUUUUAGGUGUAUCUUAGCAGUCAUAAAAUAGGCAUUUUAAAAUGAUAGACAUAAUUCUGUGUAAAUUGCACUUUGCUUUAACCAGUCAGACCUGCCCAUGCAGUUUAAAUUCUGCUCAGAAAAUUCUCUGGUCCAAACUUCUAUCAUUGUGCAAAAAGCUUUAAGACCAAGGGAAAGGGUGGCUGUAAUCAUCAAUAUUGCCAUCAUCGAAAACCUUGAAACCGCAGCUCCCUGUCUUGUUUUACAUUCACACUGAACUCCUUACGUACCUUAAUUACUCGCUUUUCUUUGACUGAUCUGUCUCUCCAACUGAUUUCUUUCCCAUCCUGUCUCCUCCCUUGUUUCUGCUGAUUUUUGCAUUCAUGUUCCUCAUGAAUUUUCUGUAGAGGCAUAUCACUAUACACGAAAGUUUAUAUUAACGUCAAAGAAACAUUAACCAAGCAAGAAGGUAAAUAGCAACACUUUCUAGCUACAAAUCAUUUCUGAGACACUCCUGGCAUCUGUGCUGUAUAUACCUUGAGGACAGAGAUGUUAAAAUGAGGUGGCUGGGAAAAGCACUCCAAGUGUUGUCACUGAAGUGUUGCUGGAUCUUUUCAAAUCUGCAAGUUUUCCAAACAAUCUUGAGGCUUUUUUUUAAAUGCCCGCAAGGCUGGCCUUGACUUAUAGUUCAUGCAUUGUACUGAUACCUAGCAUAUCUCUGUUAAAGGAGUUGUAGAGUAUUUCAAUUUUUCAGUUCCUGGAUCCUGUGCUUGGAUAUUGUGCACUUUAGGCUGUAUUCAGGUUUCUAGUGUAGCCAAAAUGUGAGGAAGCUGUCCAGGUGACCUGUUGUUUUAGGGGAAAUGUUGACAUGGCAUUUGAGCAGGCAUGUUUAAAAAAAAUCUAUGCUAAGCAUUUAGAACAUGCCAAGGCCUCAUUUAUGCAUGAGAUGGAUCCCAUAGGAUUGCCUUGCAUAUUACAUCCACAAAUGUAUUUAUUUAUUUAUUUAGAACAUUUAUGCAUCACUUUUUGGCUUGAGUCCUCAAAGCAACCAAGAACCUUUUAAAACACAACAGAUACACCAAGAACUGACAUGCUCAAGAACAAGUAGCUGCAGGUUGUGGUUUCUAUGAUUUUUUUUGUGGGUAUACAUGGAAGGGGAGACAGGAAUAAGUCUGCAAAUUUUCGUAGUCACUAGUACUACUACCUUUAUUCUAGAGGCGAGUCUUGCUGUUAAGAGAUCCUAGAGCUAUGACUCAAAUGAAGCUCCUCACUUUACAUUAAAAUGAGACAGAGAAGAAAUAAAUAUUCACACGUCAAUAAGAUGUGCACAGAAAAGUUUCCCAGUUACUCUCUUAAAACUGUUCAGCUUUUAAUACACUCUCAGUAUACUGUACCAUUGUUUAUUAGUAGCAAUGUUUAAUUAAAGAGCUGAGAACUGCAUUUAAUUUAGCAGGGGUUUUUUGUUGUUGUUGCUAGCUUGUUUCAACAUUUGUGACUUACUUAUUUAUCUAGCCUUAAGCUUUCUUUCUUUCUUUUUAAUAUUGCCCUUUUACUUCAGUGGAGAAGGCUCUAGUCUUGCUCAGCACAUUCAUGAGAAAAUAUAGAUUUAGUAUAAAACUAAUAUUGAGAACUAUAGUGAGCUGUUUAGCUGUUUUCCAAAGAAACAAAAAACCCCAUGUUCAUCUUUAGGUGCCAAAUGUGGAACCUUUCAUUUCCCCAGUGGGAUUUCAUCUUCAUUUUUUUUCUCCAGUAUUGCGCUAUGCUGGAAAGAGAUGAUAGUGAAUUUUAAAUAAGGCUUGCAACAAAAAUUCCCAUUUGAGAAUUAUUUAAUAGAUUCAUUUUAUGCACUGCCACAGUAGGUUUCUGCUGGGGCUAACAAGCAUUGCUAGUGUCAGCUCAGCCUCAAGCAGACAUUUGUCCAUGUUACAAAGCUGCCAUUCAAACAGAUAUUGUAGAUUACCAAUAUGUAUCCCCCUGUUUUCUACAUAUGAAAUGUUCUGUGUUAAGUUCUUGUAUGGAGGCCAUUUAAAGCUUUACACUGCUUUAAAUUUCACAUGCUUAAUUGACCUUUGGGACAGACCUCCAUUCCUUUUUGUUGCUUCUUGACUCAAUGGGAUGUAUACAGAAAGGAGAUUACAGAAGCUAUUUAUAGUAGCAUCAUUUAAACGCAGCAGUAGGCUAUUCACAAAUGAAGAAUGUUGUUCCUGAAAUCUGUUGUCUCUCUGCUGCUGCCCCCCUAUUCCUAAACUUACCUCUAUUUUUAUUCUCACCUCUUUAUUCAUUUGGAACCUUUGCCUCCAGUUCUUAUCACCAGCAUUCUUUUUUGGGCAAGGUGGUGAAGAGAGUGAUGGCGGAGAAUUUGAAGGAGUUCCCGGACGAUACAAACUGUCUGGAGCAGUUUCAGUCUGUCUUCAGGCAUUGUUUUGAGACUGAAUCAGCCCUGAUGGCCCUGAUGGGUGACCUAUGGUAUAUUGAGAGUAAGACAGGGAAACUGUGUCUCUGCUGCUGCUUCUCAGUCUGUCCGUGGCUUUUGAGGCUCAAGUAGUUUCCCAGGCUAGGAGUGCUUUUUUCGACCAAGGCUGGUGUGCCAACUUUGGCCUUUUUUGGACAGGGAUAACGUAGCUGUGGUAAUUUACGCACUGGCAAUCUCAAGACUUGAUUAUUGCAAUGUGUUGCGUGUUCAGACCCAGAGACCUCCCCCCUAAAUAAAUUCACAAAUGACUCAAAUUUUAGUUUUGGUUUUUGGCAGAAUUUAGGCCACAACUUUAUUGAUUACAGAAAGUGAGUGGUUGCAUAGGCUCUGGUUCGACUAGCUCCGCGCACUCUUGCAGGCAGCGCUGUCCCAGGGCACCAGCAUAGGUCAGCCAAGGGUGAAUACCUGGGAAGGUGAAAAGCCGGGAACAAACCCUGUUCACCACCCAGAUGCCCCCCUGGACUCAGGUACAGGCACAACCGCUUCUCAGGGGUUGACCAAACCAGUUGAGUCCCUGGAUUCCUUUAACGGAAUACCCCUCACAUAGGGAUGGCUCGACCGUUCUCCCAUCCCUAUCACCUGAACCAGUGCCUGUCCGCAACCUUACAAGUUGUGAUGAUUUGCUACGCGGCAGGCGAAACCCAAAUGGGAACAGCCAAUCGGCCAAGUGGGGAAAUUCCUAUCGUGCCCCUGUCCCAAUGGCAGAUGACAUAUGACGGCAUAGCAAGGUCAAUCACACAAAUCCCUAAAAUUAGGGAGAGGUGGGCGGGUGUUCUGAAUGCACGAGCCAAAAGAGGAAGCUCUGGGUCACGUGCAUGGGUAUAAAUAGGUCCCUCAGUCCAUUUGGACUGCGCCCCAUUGGUCAGAUUGAACCCAACAUCGAGGGACCUACCAAUUGGGUGUUGUGGCAAACCAAUCCAACCCAUCCACAACACAGGAGGUCAGUCUCCAGGUCUCACUGCAACACGUGCCCUCUUUUAGGGAGGACACAAUCUCUGUGUGCAGCUAUCCUUGGAAGAGCCAGCUGGUGCAAAAUUCUGCAGCUAGACAGUCAAUGGGGUGAGACUACCAUAUAACAGUGGUGCUUUAAAACUUGCGCUGGCUGCUCAUGUGUAACUGGACCAGGUUCAAGGUUCUGGUAUUAAUUUUCAAGGCCAUUGCUAAUUUGCAACUUGGCUCCAUGAUUUCUUAGGGACCAGCUGAUUCCCUAUAUCACUGUCCAGUCACUGCGAUAUUUCAGGGGAGUCUCUGCUGGUGAUCCCCCAUGGCUCAGACACAUAGUUUGUAACUACUAGAAGCCAUGCAUUCAGUGUUACGGUCCAAGCUAGUGGAACUCUCUUCCAACUGAGAUUGGAACUUCAGGCAUGUGACCAAGACUUCCAUAUUUCAGCAGGCAUUUUAUGGUAGUGUUUAGUUUUGUUGUGAAUUUUACUGUUCUUAUUCAUCAUAUCAGUUUGUUUUGUUUUUUUGGUACAUUGCUUAGAAGUGUUGAUGACUAAGUGAUUUAUCAAUCAAUAAAGAAAUAAGUAAAAUAUAAUUUUCUGCUAUUCCAUCUAACCUAGUUUAUGAAUGUAUUUUAGCUUUUGUAUAAGAUAGGGAAUUUAUAAUAUUUGAAUGUGAAUUUGCAAUCUUUUCUCUCGUUCCUACUGUUUCUGUAACUGUGUUAUAAUCAACAAAGACCAUCUUCGCCACUACUUUGUCCUGAAUUAGUGAUGCAGCUGCUAUAGCACAGAAUUAACUAUGUUUUACUAAAUAAAUUUGAAAUGGGCAAUUGGCCAGGAUAACUCCUAAUUCCCUUUUCUGAUAUGGCUUUGUUGCUCUAUGGACCUUGCUGAGGUAUGUUUUAUGGAAUGUGAUGUGAUAAGUGGAGUGUUUUAUUAAAGCUGAAUAGAGACUACAAUUCUUUAUAUAUUACUCGUAUAAGAUGUGUAAAAUCUUACUGAGACACUCUCUGCUUGAUGACUGCAUUUUCAAGACUCCUGUGCAAGAAAGAUAGCUGUUUUCCAUGGAAACAGAGCUAGAGAAAGUGGAAAGGCUCUCAAGCUCCUUACUUGUUGAAUUUCCCACAACUUUUCUAUAUACGUGGCCCUUCCUGCCUUCAUAAAAGAGAUUAGAACAACAGAAUAUUAUAGCGAAAAUCCCAGAGUAUUAAAAUUGACAUUUUAAGACAUAAGGGAAAGAGACUCUGUGCUGGCCAGUUGGUAAUGGCUUUUUCCACCUGCCUUGCCCCACCCUCAAGCCCUCAUAAGGAAUCUCUUUCCAGAGGAAAAGCUAUGAGGAGAGAGAGACUCUGUUUGCCAUUAGACAGUGGUUAGCCCCACCUCCAGCCCAAGGAGCCUUCAGAAGGCAGUUGUUGCCACAGGCAUUAUGUGUAUCAGCAUUUUAACGAGCUGAAUAGAGUGAAAGGUUAUGGGGGUGUGGAGAGUGUGUCUGAACUUAACAAUGCUUAGCUUAUUUUUUGGUUGUUUUGUUAAUGUUGUUAAUACUCUUUUAUUGAUUAUAAAUCAAUUUAUUGAUUUGUUAAUCGUAUAAUAUGACUUUUGCUUUAAUUGUGAUGUUUGUUGUUUAGUCGUUUAGUAAUGUCCAAUUCUUCGUGACCCCAUGGACCAGAGCAUGCCAAGCACUCCUAUCUUCCACUGCCUCCCGCAGUUUGGUCAAACUCAUUAGAUGUUGUUUUUUAGCUGUAGAUUUGUUAACCAUUUUAUAGAUUGUAAUUGUUUCACUGAUAAUUUGUUAAUUAUGCUAUAUAAUCUAUGCUCUGUUUGUGAUGUUCUAUUUUGUUCUAUCAUGUUAUUGUUGUUUGUCGUUUGUAAGCCACUUUGGGAGCCAUUUGAAUGAAAAGCGGCAUAGGAAUAUAAUAAAUAAAUCAAAUCAAUCACUCAGUUAGGUAUUAUGGUUGGAGUGUUGGAGGUGGGAUCCACAUUUGGCUAUACACUUAUUAUGUGACUUCAAACCAGCUAUGAUCUCUUUUACCUCACAUACUUUUCAGGGUGGUGGUUGGGAUAUUGUCAGGUUUGGAAGUCAUUGCUCGCGAGUAACCAGGCAGGACUCCGACCUGUCUUUUACAGGUUUUAUUGGUGAAAAACUAUUUACAGUGCAGAACCCCAAAGUUCAUGUCUGUCUUAGUCACUUGCAGAUGCCAGGAGUGGCCCCUUCCAGUUUCUCCCCCAACGUAAGAAUUUAGACACCCCAAAUCUCCACCUCCCCUCCUUAUGUUUCACCCCUCUGCGCAAGCUGGGUGAUGGAAACGGCAUGUCUGUUUCCUGGCCAGCUGGGCUAGGCGAGCCUCCCCUCGCCUGGCUACCCCCAUCCCUCUCUGCUCCACUGGAGGUGUGGCUUCCCUCACCGCUGGACGAGGAGCUGCUCCUCAGCAGCGUCGGAGGCUCUCUGUAUUCACCUGCCCCCCUCCCCUGUUGUGAUAGCAGUCCCCCUGACAGAUAUAGUGAUGGAGAUGGAGAAAGGGCAGAAAAGCAUACAUACCACCCUAGGCUCUUUGGAGAAAAUGAGGGGUCAAAAUAUAAUAAAACAAUUACCUUCGAGAUUUUACGUGCAACCAUAAAGCUCACAAAAACCUACCUUUCCUAACUUUCGAGAUUUUGAUUCUAGUGAACGCUUUGCUCUUUCAAGAGGAGCUUUAUUCAUUUUAUUCUUAUGUGGUGAGUUAACUGACGAAGUAUUUCAAAAUGAACAUGGAUUGUUUUUAUGGUGCAUUUAAUGGAUUGCAUUUUAGUUCACUACUUUGAGGGCUUUGGGGCCAAAAUAAACUUCAGUGGCAAUCAGAAACUUGCCUGUUCAAAGAGCGUUUUAAACCUUGCAUUUUUGGUUAGCUGAGAACAUCAAUAAGAGCCCUCUGCGUCAGACCACAAGCCUACCUGGUCCAGCACCAUUUCCCUCAGAGGCCUGCAACGCCACGGGAAGCCCAAGAGCAGAGCAUGAGCUCAGUCGCAUUCUCCUGCUCAUGAUCCUCAGCAGUUAGUAAUCAGCAGUAUGCCUACUCUCAUCCUUGAGCUAAUAUACAGCUAUCAAUGACCAGCAGCUUGCUCACCUUUUCUAAUGAUGUUGUCAUAGCUACUGUCAUAGCUACAUAAAUACUGUUAUAUUUGUACCCUGACUUCCUGCCAAGAGUGACUUCCAGAAUGGCUUUUAUGUGCUCUUCAAAGCCAUAGCAAAGAUAUUUGACUAUUUAUUCAAUGUAGGUGCCUUUGUUGGUCGGGAAAAAUAGUAGUGGAUAUAUAUGCCUGAAUAUCCUGGUUACAACCCUGCCUAUACCUGCAUAACUCAGGAUUAUCCAAAACAGUUUUUAAAAAAAUAAAUCUGUGCCAACUGCACUAUGUCUUUUUCAUCCCCCCCCCCCCACAUUGCACCUUGUACUACAUACAGGGAAUUGAUGGUACUACUGCUGUAGAGAUGGCUGUAAGUGAUAGGGUGCUGCAGUGGAGCAAAUGGACCACUGUCAGACUGGCCCUCCUUUUAAGAAAUAUGACUGUGCUCGCUCCUAGCCAGAAAUUCCAGUAUGAGCAAUGCCUUUCCAUACCACACUUCCUAUUUUGGGGUGCAAAAUGCAAAUAGCUCAGGCACUUGAAUCAGUGUUAGUUGUCUCUGUUUGGAACAUCCUGUUGGACUCUGCUUUCUGUAUAUAAGCUGUUGCAUCUUAUUAUCUGCAAAUAAGUCCUCAGACAGAAGACUAUUCAGACGAAUUAGUCUGACCUGGUAUAAGGCAGUUUCGGAAAAAAUGUAUUUGAUGGUGACUUGUUUUGCCAAGGGGUUUUUAUCUGAGUGGGGUUUUGUUUGCUUGGAGCUUUUGAUUUCAGAGAAAUUGUGUCUCUGCCUUCAGGCAAAACGUGCCAUGCCCUCUUAGGAGCAUCUUUAUUAUAUGACCUUGUGGCAUGCCCUUGGGGCCCUUUAGGGAGUAUUUUCCCCCUUAAACUGGCAUCCCAGGGAGUACUGAGGUAAGCCCAUUUAAAUGGGUUUUGGGUUGCACCAGCAUAAUGCACCAGUACUAAAGCCAGCCUAAAAUUCCCUUAAAGACUCAUAGCUGUCACCACCUGCUGAAUUAAAAGAACAGUGGGGCUCUUUAAGUAUCUUCAGGGGAGAGAGCUGACUGCCAAGUGACCAAUCUCUGUCCACCUCACUCCCCUAUAUAGGUAACACAGGCCUAUUCAGAAGCUUGGCUGAGAACAUCAGGAAAAUAAAAUGUGGUGAGAUACCUUGAUUUAGGGACACAUUGGUUUGCUUUAACAGAAUGAAUAGAUUUAUUAAUCAGAACACAUUUAUUUUGGAAUUCUUUGCUUACUAGAUUGUUUUUUUCUGGCUUUCCCAUAAAGAGAAUUUUUUUGUUAUUGGUCUGCUUUUGCUGUUCACUUUGGGUAAUUUUGGAUAGGGCUGUUUUAUUGAGAGAUUCGUAUAUUGCCCUUCACCAAAAAUGGUAACAGGGCAAUUUGAAAUAAUAAGAUAUUAUUAAUAGUAAAUGCAGCUGUUGUCUCUUUUUAUUUUAUCUAUGUGUAUUAUUGUAUUGUAUUGUAUUUUUAUUGUUAGCUGCCUUGGAAGAGUAUACUUCUGUCAGUGAAGGUCAUAGAUCAUGGCUAGCAAAUUUCAUCAGAUAUCAGCCAACUAUUAUUGUAUUCUUAUGGAACAGAACAGUUUUCAGCAGGUAUUGAAAAAACACUUCUGUUUGAUAGUGCAAUAGACUGAUAGACUCCCUUAGAAGGUAGUGGACUCUCCUUCAUUGGAGGUUGUAAAGCAGAGGUUGGAUGGCCGUCUGUCAUGGUUGAGUUAGUUGAGAUUUCUGCAUUGCAGGGAGUUGGAAUAGACUGGAUGAUCCUCAUGGUCCCUCCCAAUUCUACAAUCCUUUGAUUUGUGAAAACUUGAAACAGAAGGCUCCUGUUGAAUCUGUAUUCCUCAAGACUGUGCUGAUGACACAAAAGGCUUGAGGUUUUAUUGCUAUCAGAUGAGCUUUGCCAACUCAGGGAGUGACCAAAGCUUCUGCAGAUAAUCAAACUAUUGAUUGACAAAGUGGCAAGUCUUACUUGAGGAUACUAGGCAGGGUUGAAACAGAGCUUACUUCAAUGGUCUGCAUGUGAUGGAAUGCCGAGGUUUAUUAUUAGCUACAGCUUCUGGACAAGCACCAGUGCCAGUGGCAUUUCAGCAGGGAGACAAUUCUACAACACUGAUACCACCAGUGAAAAAGCCCAUUGGGCUGUGAUCUUAAUGCUCCUAGCGGACAGUGGAGGGGAAGAGAUGGUCUUUCAGGUUGUUUAGUUCUGAUGUGAUUUAGUUGUACUAACUGUUGUUUAGUUCUGAAGCUGAGGGUGUUCAUAGCUUUAUUAUUGUAAUAGAUUGUUGUGUGGUAACUGGCAAGCCACCUCCAAAGCCUGCUCUCAGGGAAAGAGGCAAUGCUAAGAAUAUCCCAAGAAAACUGUUAGAUGAUCUUGCAGAAUCUUUAUGUAUUCUGCACAUGUUUGAUAGAAAUUGAACUUUAGCUUAAAGAUUUAUUGUGGUGAUGAGUCAGCUGAAUUGCUAAGAUCUUCUAGUUAUUGCAGAAAUUUUUGCUAUUUUAAAAGCUGAUACCUUGUUACAAGUUCAGAUUAUCCUCUCCUACCAUCUGAUUACUCACCAUUAACAAUUCCAGUUAUGGAGAGCUUUUUUGUCUCUUUGUUUGGAUACUGUAUCAUGUUGAGAUUGUUUUUUGGCGUUCUCAUUAAUCAGAUUGAAUCCCCUUAGAAACUUUAUUAUAGGACAUGCUUCUCUAGGCUCAAGUGAGGCUAAUGACUCCGGUCUGGAGCAUUUUUCAACUUAUUUACUUCAAAUAAAGCAAUUAAUCUAGAAUGGAAUUCUUUUUGCCAACACCGUUCAUAGAUUGCAACAGCUCUUCUUUCAUGGAUGUGGAGGGGUUUUUAACUCGUUCUGGCCACUAACACGUGAAACAUACCUUGUUAAAUAUUAUGAAAUGUAUAUAUGCUGUUGCGUCAUGAAAGAUGCUAGCUGGUUGGUGCAGUCCUUGUCUUAUUCGACAUCAUGUCACUGAUGGAAUAGAGUUCCGCUUGGCAGAAGCUACAGAUUAUAGCACUUAUGGUGUAGAUCAGGCAUGUCCAUUGUGUCAAUCGCGACUGAUCAGUUGAUCGCAGGAUGAACGUUCAUAGAUCACGGCCUUCCCUCUGCUGGAGAUGCACCCAAGGGGCUGUUGCGACGCCACAUGUGCACCCAGUCAGGGAAGCAACCAGCAAGUUCCUCUCACAGGAGGUGAUGUUCUGCUGCUGUGUAUGCCUGCCGUGUCAGGGGAAGCAACCGGCAUCAGGGGAAGCAGGCGGAGUGCCCCCCUGCCCCCUCAGAAGAAGAAGCCAGCGUCGGAGGAAGCAGGCGUCGGGUGCUCAGCUACCCUGCCCCAUCCCUGGGUGGUAGAUCACUGCCAGUUUUUAUAUUGGAUCAUAGAUCACAGCUGGACAUGCCUGGUGUAGAUGAUUCCACUUUAGAUUCUGUUUCUCCAUCUCACAUAGUUGUACAGCUUCUCCUGGGUUUUCAAUGCACCUGUGCCACUACUUCCUAGGAUGAAGGAAGCCAAAGCCCUCCAUGAAAUGUGUGCUCACUGCAAACUACUGUGUGCCUCCUUCUUGUGCCUAUAAGUGCCUAUGCACACAGUGGUUGUGUGGGGCAGGGGCUGUGUUUUCAUGAAGCUGGAAUUUUGUGAUUCUUCUCUCAUUCCAAAUACAACGCUGAUUGAAUUAGGGACAUAGGAUGCUUCUUUAUACUGAAUCAGAUUAUUGGUCCAUCUAGCUCAGUAUUGUCUAUGUUGACUCAUAGCAUCUCUCCAGGGUUUCAGGCAGUGAACCCACCCAGCUCUAGCUGGAGAUGCUGCAGAGACCAAUACAGGAGAAACAUGUUUUGUUGCAGCUGGGGCAGAUGAAGGCAUCCACUUGUGCUGAUGGAGGGGUACAAUGGUGUGUCUUCUUUCUUCACUCCUCUCAGCAGUCAUUCCUCCUCUGCUCACUGCUACGUUUCCUACACGGGAAGUGUAAGCAUAUGUGAAAACCUCACAUAUGGAUAUUUUAAGCUGCCUAGUUGCUCACCUGUACCUACUGUACUGUAUGCACUGAUCGGCAGCAGGUCUCCAUGAACUUUGUGUGGUCCUUUCCCAUCCCUGCUUAGUUCCUUUUUCCCAGGAGGUGCCAGGGAGCCUUCCAUAUAGACAGCAUAUACUCCGCCACUGUGUAUAUUCUCUUCCUUUUUCAAUAGAUCCAGGACUUUGUUUUAGCAGUCAUCCCUGAACUGAUGUACAGAAUUAUGAAUUGGAAGCUUUUGUUAACCUGCAUGCAUGAAGAUGAUGAUGAUGAUGAUGAAUGACACACAGCUUUUCUCGCAUGUAGCAAAUUUUUGUCUUGUGUGAAAUGAUGCUUACACAGGGGUUUUCUUUUUGAUGAGUUUUCUUCUUCUUCUUCACUAAAAGUAGGGAGGGUUUAAAAGGCUGUGUGUACAUAUAUUGCGGAUAAUUAAUCAGUACUGUCAAAGUUGCAGUGAAUGGUUUUAAUAGACUUGGAGAAAGCUCCACCUAGUGGAAUGCUGCCAAAUCAUAUAUUUUUUCCAAUUUUUACCUGAAAUCAGAAGCAUUGCAAUUAUAUGCAAUGUUCAGAGAUGAUUUAGAUGCUCCUUCCAACUCAUGGUUGCUGCUGAUAACUGCUUCCCUCUGUGGACAAUCAAGAUCAUUAUCCGGAAUACUUAAAUGCUUCUCUUACUUGUAUUGGUAUGCACACUUGGUACAAUUGGAUUACCAAAAUUUGCUCACCCUCAGGGACUAUAUGACUAGAGGUUGAAUAUAAAGGCUGGUCCUUGCCUAAGAUAUAACAUUAAGGUUGAGUGCAGGCUUCCCCAAUUUUGUGUCCUCCAGAUUUUUCAAACUAUAAUUGUAUAAUCCCUGACUAUUUUCUAUGCUUGCUGGGGCUAAUGGAGGGUGGCUCAAAACAGUUUGAGUGAACAACAUUGCCGAUGGCUGCUAGUAUUUACAUAAGGUGGGGAAAGUGUACUACAAGUGUAUUACUUCAUCUGUGGUCCACAAAUGGCUUAAGCUGUUUUUUGCUCAUUUUAAUGGAGCUAAUCUGGUUUUAAGUAGGAACACGUGGUAGUUUGUACAAUAUGCUCAUUUUCUGUUUCCCAAUUAUUGCAGGCACAUAUCUUUUCCUUGGGAGCUACACUAAAAGCAGCCCUCGAAUAUAUCAUGGAGCCUGGAACCGAUUCAGAAUUCAGUCAAGAUCUGCAUGCUUUGCUUGAACAAAUGCAGGAAGAAAGUCCUAAAGAGAGACCAGAUAUUGAGGUAAAAAAAGAAGUGUGUGAUUGGUUUUUUGCCUUGUUGUUGUUGUUGUUUAGUCGUUUAGUCGUGUCUGACUCUUCGUGACCCCAUGGACCAGAGCACGAACUUUCAUAUCAUAUGGGAACUUUCAUAUCAUAUUGACUUUUCCUGAUGUGUCACCUUUAACAUUCAACAUUUCUCCACUCUUAAGUGAUAUCUUAGUUACUCUUUUGGAAGGCAGUUGCUUGAUGGGCAAAGCAAUUAUACUGUAAAUACAGUGUUUAGGGGGGUGAUACAGGGAAAUGCACAGAAUGAUUUCCAACUCAAAGUAGCCCAACACAGCACUUGAAAUAAAGUGGCAGCUAAGCUACAAAGUAGCAGCAGCAAUACAAAAACAACAGAUGCUCACCGUUCUACAUACUGUAAUGCUAGGCACAAGAGUUAUUGAUAACCUUCUGUGUUGGAAGCCAUAAGUGGUGGUUCUUGUGGUUGUUUUAAAUAAGGCUAAAUGCUUUGGAAAGACACCCUCCCUUAAUAGCACUCAUGUGUUUAAUAUUAUAUGUAAAGUGGUACCUCAGGUUACGGACAGUCCUGCUUACGAACCCUUCAGAUUACAAACUCCACAAACCCGGAAGUAGGUGUUCCGGGUUGCAAACUUUGCCCCAGGAUACGAACGCAAUCCACUUCUGGGGCCGUGGGAGGCCUAUGUCGGGAUUGCGUGCCUUGGGUCAAGAAUGCUUCGGGUUAAGAAUGGACUUCUGGAACGAAUUAAGUUCAUAACCUGAGGUACCACUGUAUUCAUAUUCAGCAGAAUUACCAAGAGAAUGCAGAUUUGUUUCCAGGAAAGGGAACGGGUAAGGACUCAUGACCAUUUCUUACACUAGCUGUUUCUUUUGACCAGUGACAAUUUAGCAUGGGCUAGACAGGAUGUGCUAAAAACAUGAAUGGAGGUGUAAGUGAACAUCAAUGAAAUAAGUAUAAGGGACGUUUUCUCCUUGGAAUUUUAGUGACUAACUACACAUAGUGUUUGGAUGACUACUGAAGUUUCCCAACUUGUAUCAGAAAACAAUACUGUAAUAAUAAUGAAACAAUGAUAGUCACUUCAACAAAGUGAUAUUGUAGUUUGAGCUCUCUAAUGUCUGUAAGGAAAAAAAUCUCUCUUUGCUUGAGGGUGGCUUCCCAUUUACCAUUGAAACAUGGCUCUGUGCUAUUGAGUAUGUACCUCUCUACAUGUAAAACAUUCCAUGAAUGAUGGCUAUGGAAUUUAUUAUUAAUUCAAGAAAAGUCUGAAGAACACAAUUUUAACUAAAAACAAUGAAUUUCAUAAAUAGGCAAAUCAGCCUAAUUAAAUAUAUUUAAAGUUGGUAAAGAUUAUUAUAAUUAUAAUUAAUACUUUGUUGAACUAUUAAUUGAAAUAAUCCAUUAUAAAACAUUUUAAAAUGCUGCAGUUCAAAUUAAUCUCUGCUAAAUCUUGUAGAAAGGCUACAGUUGGGAAAUAAUGUUCCCUUACAACACCUGAAUGGCCUUGCUUCACAAAUGCAAAAUCUUGACGUUUCUUAGGGAAUGCUAAUCUCUCGUAUCAUGUUGAAGUCCAUGUCCUGUAUGAUAACUAGGUAUUAAACACUUUACUUUACAAUUAUCAUUAUAGACUGUCAUAUCAUUGAGUAAAGAGAACCUGAAGCUUUCUUCCUCGAGUGAUAUUUGCCAAUGCCUCUCUGCAAUUGGAAGAAGAGUGCUUUCAAUUGAAUCAUGUGGCACCUUUCACGGUAUGCUUUUGAUAAUGUAGCCCAUUUGUGUAAUGGAAUUAAGAGCAUUUUUUCUUGCUAAAGAUACAGAACCCAAGUGAUUAUAAAUGGUGGGAGGAAUUCAGGUCCCUUUCUACUGUAUUAAGUAAAAAAAAAAUUUUUCCCGUUGUUAACUUACAGUGAAUUUUCAUGCUCCUGUUAUUUCAUGUUUUCAGAUAUUUUUAUGAUAAUCAUAUAUCCUGUUAUAUAUCCUGUUUUGCUAGCAAAUACUUAGGAUCAAGCACAACUGCUGCAAAAGUACAGUCCCGCACCCUCUAGCACUGUACUAAUUUUGCAUGUUAAGAUUGUCAGACUAGCACAUAUGUGAAUGGGACAGUUGGGUUGUGUGGCUAUUUGCUGCCUAUCAUAUAAACACCUUCUGUCAUAGUGGAGGGGAAAGGUGGUUUGAAAUGCCUUUGGGAUCCUGCAUUAAAAGCCAUUUGUGGUUUGGUUCUCUCUAAAAAGCCAACCAACUUUUGAUAGCAGUCUCUUUCUAACUGUAGGGCAGCAUAAGGUGUUCAUGGAAUAUUAGUGGAAGCUGCUUGUAAUUUGGAUGGGAUGAGGAGAUGGAGGGGGAGAAAACCGAAAAUGUUUUUAAUAAGAACAUCUGUCUUUGCACCCAGACAGUUGUGAUAACUUGUGGAGUGGAAAAGUCUAUGAGAGGAUUUCACCUUAUGAACAGUGCACAGAUUACAAUUUAAGAGAGCAUUCAUCUCCAGAGGUGGAAGACUUGGAAGUUGCGAGUGGUGGAAAUUCUUCUCACACGUAUACCAUGAAUGACAGAAAUGGUGAUAUAAAAGAAAUUAAAACCAACUCAGUGCAUGAAAAUGUUUGCUGUCAGCAUGUUUCAAUUCAGGUCACAAACUGUAAAGAGAACAGCAAUAACAACAACAGCAAGUGUGUGAAUCUUGUCUUAGACACAAAGCCAUGUACAAGUGAGUUGGAGGAAGAUGCAUUAAAAAGAAACUGCUCAAGGAAAGUAAAAGCAUUUCCAAAGCUACCGUCUGAAUCUGAGGCAGACCCAAGAACUUUCUUCCCCUUUGUAAGUCACAGUGGACCACUAACAAGGAAACAAUAUCCAUUACAGCCCAAGUCAUUAUCUCAAGUCAAUAAUAAUGGGACUGCUGCUUUAGAGGGAAACUUAAGUCAUUGUGAUGGAAAUAAUGAACUUGGGUUAAAAGCAGCAGAUUUCCAGGAACCAAAUAAUAAUUCAGAUGAAUUUUACAAGAGCCCGGAAGUAUCUUAUCAAAUCCACAAGCCGACCUGCAAUGAUAAAAAAGCAUAUAUUGUUCCAUACACUCGUAUGGGUUCUGAAACUUCAAACAACUAUGAACCAGACAAAUCAAAUUCUGACUACAAGAUACUAAAAAGCCAUAAAUCAUGGGAAUACUGUGGAGAAACUUCCUCAAGGUCAAAUGAAAGCAGUCUGUUGCAUAUUAACAGGAUGACUACGGGGCUUAGAACAUUUAAUGAAAAUGGAUGUAGCUCAAGCCUGCUAAGUUCUCCAGAACAAAAUCAGAGUGAGAUGAAAGACUAUUAUGUUGAAGAGAAACAAUAUGAAGGCAGGGAGUCAGAAAUGAGAAACAGCAAGCAGGUAGUAGAAACAGAAACUUCUUUUUAAAAAUUGUCUUAAAUGUGGCAUUGAAGGGACAUAGUUAAUUUUGGGGGAUGGAGAGGGUUGUCUUCCUUGGAAACAUCGUAACUCACUUACAUUGUGCGUGCACUAUAGUCAGCAGCAAUUAGUUGAGCACUUUCAUUAUUACCAAAGGAUUUAAUUAGUAGGGAUCUGAAUUGAGGUGUGUGGUUGGUGAGCCUUUGAUGUUUUGACAUUUGUAUGGUUAACUUUAAUUGAAUUGAACUAGUACUAUAGAUUUAAAUUGCACUAUACUUUUGUCAGAAUAAAUUAAAGGUAAUUAUCUGCAGAUAGAAAUCAUCCUGAGUCACUCAAUUUGCAGUCAGUUUUGUAAGAAAUAAAUUCUCUGGUUUCUUUUCUGCAGCUAAGUUAGUGUCGUGUGGCCUUGGCAAGCUACUUAUGUAGUGCCUUACCAUGCAGUUGAGCAAUCUGCCCUCUCCUCCCUGCCACCACUGUGAAUUAUCCAAGAAACAUUUAUGAGAGUAAUGCACCAAUAGUGGUGAAUGGCUCCAUCUGUAUGACUUGCUUUAUAAUGACAGCAGCAAUGUGGAGGAAUUUAAAGCAGUUUAAACAUAUAUUUGCUAUAGUGUCAUUAAUUUAUGUGUGUAUUAUGACACGCUCUCUCUUCUUUGUCAUAGCAUACAUUGAGAUAUUAAAAAUUAGUAGAUUCAUAAGUAGGUUCAAAAUUCUUUGCUGAUUUUGGCUAAUAUAUAUGAAUUAAAUUAGUUUGACUCAAUGUGAAGAUAUUUAGGUUAAAUUCCCUAUCUUAGAGAUGGAGAAGAUUGCUUUUCUAGCAUAUGUUCUCUCUCCCUCUCCCCCCCCCCCCCCCGUGUUUCACUUGCAUGAGCUUGAGUAAGGUUUGGUACACAAGAGGUGUGAUUCUUGGAAAACUUGAAAGUUGAGUGCUAUGGUUAGCUUUCUUCUCUGCUGGUUAAUUUUGCAUAAGAAAUUGUUCACCGCUAGGAAGAGUCAAAUAAACAAAAUCUAGAAUUUCUAGUAGUAUGGCUUUAAAAGCAUUUGCAAACUUGUUUUAUCUGGCCUCAAAUGAAGGUGUGAGACAUUAAAAGACUGCUGCAUCGUGCCAAGAGACUACCAGGUUGCAUAUUACAACUUGGUAUCAGCAAUCUUUUGUAACAUACAGGCGUCUCUGAUUCUUGUCACUAAUGCUUUCAUUCUGAAUAACUGAAAUUAUAUCUAUGCAAGGUUGUUGAGAUGCAAGGAUAUUGAGAUACAAUAGUUUAGUGUAUCAUCAUGAAAGAGGAUGUUUUUGAAAUUAUAUAGAGGUUUAUUGGGAAAGGUGAAAUAUCAAGCAGUGCUAUCCUGUUUUGUUUUAACUGAAAUCUAUUGCAAUCCAUGUUUAGCUUCCCUUUAUUCUACAGUUUUGGUGCCAUAAGGUACAUAGGCAUUACUUUCUGAUUUCCCUCACCCACCACCAAAUUACAUAUUACAACUAAUUUUUCAAAGGCUUUGCAAUACCAAUGAUCUUUUCCAUUGUGGCAUGCAUUUCCAAGAUUGGGGAUUCCAUUUCUCAUAAGUUGCACAAGAAUCAUUUUGUAACUUUGAUCACGCAGCUCCUUUUGCAGCUGACUUCAAUUCAUGCAGCUCCAUGUGAGCUUUCCCCAUUCUCCUCAAUGCUGGAGGUGGUGUUUAAAAUGUAGUGCUUGUGUGUGUGACAUUUUCUUGACCUUAGAGAAUAUAGAAAUCCCCCUUCUUGUGCAGACUUUGGUGUGCUCAUUGGAGUCCAGUCCAUUGGUUUUGGUGUUCUGUUUUGUCCCAUAAAUAAUGCCUCUCUGCAUUUCCUAAGUGGUUAGUAUGCCUUCCUUUAUGCUAUAACCUUGCUUUCUUUAUUCUCUGCCAAACAUUGCCAAACCUGUUUGCCUGCUGGCUUCAAAACUGUAUCUUUAGAAUUCUUUUAAAUGGCUUUUUCUUUGCAAUUCUCAAAUAAACACUUUUAUCAAUUCAAGCGUGACUGGAGCUCCUUUUUCCUCUAACCUACAUAAUUCCAGCCUUUAUAUCUCAUCUCUUUUCAUGCAGUUGCUAGAGUGUUUAGUGUGGGAAGCUACAGCUUGUGUGUGCAUUCUUUCUAUUGCUUUGUGCCAGUGGCCUUAAACCCUUUAAAGUGACAGAAGUGAAAACCAAGUAAAAUUUGUGCAUCACCUUAAACUACAGUUAAGCUAAACUGGUAUAAAGGUGAAACAAAAUAAAAAAAUCCCUUCCAGUAGCACCUUAGCGACCAAUAAGUUUGUUAUUGGUAUGAGCUUUCAUACCAAUAACAAACUUAAUUGGUCUCUAACGUGCUACUGGAAGGAAUUUUUUAUUUUGUUUCGACUACGGCAGACCAACACGGCAACCUACCUGUAACUGGUAUAAAGGUGAACUCAUAGUGUGCUGAUGCAUGUUGUUGCUGAAAUCAUGGUUGCUUUGCUUCUCCCCCGCUACAAACACAACACUGGGAAUUUGGUCACAUUACACCAUACAAUUUGGACACUUUAGAGCACACAUGGCUUCCCCUCCAAAACAUCCUGGGAAUUUAAAUUUGUGAAGGGUGCUGCUGAUUGUAGGUCUGCGAUAGGUGAGCUACAGUUUCCCCUCCGAAAAAUGACCAUGUUCUAAAUGUCCUGCAUUCCAGAUGUACUCAUGGAAAGAGUAGCUGAAAAAAUUACUCUGUGCUUUGGUCUUGCAGUAAAAUUGUGUUUGAUUUUUUUUAAAGAAAGGAACAAAGCAAAUGUAUUUUAAAGAAAAGCGACAAUAAUUGUUUCAUUUAAAAAACAAACCCCUGAAAUUCAGUGCUUGGUUUUGAUUUAUCCCUUUAUAACAAUUAUGUUUUAUGCAGCUCACCUAUAAAGGGAUGGUAGGCCUGAAGUGUUUUGACAUCUGCUUUUAGUAUUAUAAGGAUGCAUAAAAGGCAGAUAAUUUUAACCUCAGUGGAUCAGCAAAGACAUGUUUAUCCUGUGCUGCAAUAUGAGUUUGCAGUAACAUGUAAUUCAUGUUCAGUAAACUUCUCAGUAACCCCUCUCUGACGUCUUACUGGAGAGUCAAAUGCUGCUUUUUGUAUAAAGAAAAGGGAAUAUUAAUAAUAGAGCAGGUCAGGGAAAAGGUAAGGCCUUCUGCUUGGCAUGUUGGUUUUAUAAAUAUAGGGGUUUUUUGCCAUAUGGCAGCAGUUAAAGCUAGAGCUCUUACAGUCUUGACAUCUUAAGAAUCCAGCAACAGAAAACACCAUGCGAGAUUGCUGACUUUGUAGUUUGGCUCUCGGUGCUAUCAACCUGUUUCUGUGAAAUAUAUAAGUAAUACCAAUCUUUUUGUUGGAGCAGUAAGUUAAUAUCCUGCUAACUUCGCUAGUGAUGUUUCUUAUAUUCUGGGAAUAAAAGGCUUGCCACAAAAUACUUAUCUUUCCAUAUCAUUUUUGCUUGUUUCACAGGAGAGCUCUAAGUAGUGAUGAAGCUUUUAAAGUAAGAUGUACAAAGCACAGCUGCCAAGGUAGAUCAAGUUUUAGAGCAGGCAGGUUAGAGAUGACAGAUAUAGCUGAAGAGGUUCUGACAUGUUGCAAAGAAUAGACUGGAGUUUUAUUAAGGACAAAAAUAGCCUAUUCUCCUCUUCUGUUGUCUUUUACAAAGUUUAAUUUCAAUUGAAUCUUAUUUCGAAAGUUGAGACCUUGAAAUGCUGCUAGAUUUGGAGAGGUUAAACAGGAUACAUUAGGUAGCAUUUGCUAAUCAAUAGAUGUCCCAAUCGUUGUGCAAAUGGUCAGACAUUUCCCCUACUUUCCCUAAACACUCUAAUAGUUGGAAAGCUCUACAGUGGAACCAGUUACAUUUUUAAGUUUCUCCUGGUUCUUUUUAUAUAUCUAUUAAUUUCAUUUUUGUCUGGGGGGAUGACUUCCCUUCGUAUGUCAGUGGAAAAGGAAUAAAACUAUGAUCUUGAAUCAGUGAAUUUGGCUUCAGAAAUGCUUUUUGUCUCUUAACUGUCCUUAAUAUUUUGUUUUCAGUCUGUUUUUCUGAAACGUCUCUUAACACAGUAUGACAAACCACUGAAAGACUAUGAGCUCUGGGCUUUAUGCCAUGAAUGCUUGCUUGCUAUGGAAACCUAUACAAUUUAUCCAGGUAGGUCUUCCUUAAUCUCUUCUUUUUACACUAAUAUAUUUUAUUAUCUUGACAUUAAGGGCACAUCUUUCUGCAAACAGGUCUCUGGGCCCUGGUGAGGAGAAGGUGGAUUGGCAUUUGGGAGGUACACAUUGAUCUGUGGUUUAUAAAUUAUGGCCAGUGCUAUGUGGCAUGCCAAGAGGUGGGGGCAGCUGAGGAGAAGGCUAUCUUCUGAUGGUUGUGAUACCACUGGGCAGUCAGGGAGCAACGGCUGUUGGAAAAACCCUGGUGCCUGCUUCUCAUCCUUAAGAGUUUAUUGAGACAGCCAGCUGGCUCAUCAUCUGUUGUAAGGAUAUAUGCCCCAGUUUGUAGGGUAUCCCAUCCCACCUGAACUUGAGAAGCAGAAAUAUCCAAGUGGAAAUUUGUUUCUACUCAUGGGUCUCUUUGUUAGGGAGGAAGUCAAAAUAGGCAGAUUUUGUUCUACAAGGGAAGAUGGGGCAAGUCAGUUUCUUGGAGAGCAUCCAUUAUUUGGGAAAGGAAGUUUUUUUUAAAAAAAAACAAACUUCCUUCCAUUUUUAUGUCAGAAUACAAUGUCCUUGCUAUAAAUUAAGACUCUUUUUCAUCUUUUGUGAUACUGUGGGGCCCACAAUGUUUAGAUAUACUUAAUUGCUGCUAUAUUUUGUUUUGUUUUGUCUGAACAAUCCCUGUAGCACAAAUCUCUGAAUGAGUCAAGUAUAAUUUAUUUUAGAAUAUAUACAGUCCCACAAAUGAGUUUAUGAAAGCAAGACUUUGUUAUUUUUUCCAGCAGUUCUAAUAUUUAUAAUACCUGUUUUUCAGCAUACUUGUGUUUAGACUCUGUCUUGAUUAACAGUGAUGGAAGUGUUCAGUUUGUUCCACCUGAAAGUGAAGGUAAUUUAGCAUGCUGCUAAUUUUAUGAAUUUCUAUUUAUUUUUGUCACCAAGAUUAAAAUAGAUUAUUUUAUUUUUUUAAUACUUUAGGCUCAUAUGAUAUGUUUUAUUUGGCUCCUGAGACAGAGGAAGAGGAUUAUGUUACUGAAAAGGUAUGGUGACAUGUUACAAAUAUGGCUGUUUCCUUUAAAAGUUAAAUAGAAGGACCUCUUUAAAGAAAAUAAUGGGCACAUUUUCUGGUUUACAUAGAUGCUUGUGGUACCAAGAUAGCUCCAUCUUAUAUUAUAUUUACACAGUAGUUUCCCAUGGCACCUUAGAGUACUAUCUUAUGCUUUAAAAAAAUUUUAGGCAAACCUUUUUGCUUAGCCAAUACUUUAGUCACUAGAAUAUUUAAUGCAACUAAAAAGGUAUUUAAGAGUCUUCCCCUCCCCUUUUCUUAAGUAUCAAAACAGACUUGACAUUAUUCACAUAAUUACUAAUAUUUUUUUAAAGUAAUCAGUUGCUGCAAGGGCCUUACAAUCUGGAUUAGAAUCUCUCUGUGUGUGUAUGUGUGUGUAAGGGGCAGUUUAACUUUUUGAUUCAUUAUGGUCCUAAUUUGGAUUGGGGAUUGUUGCUGCUCCUGUUUUACUCUUUCAAAAAAAUAUUAAUUAUUAUAAUGCCACACCUGCUUUCUAGCUUCUAGUUCAAGCAGUACAGGUUUGGCUGUGACAUUAGACUUCAUUUAUUGUAGCUUGAGGCAAACUCAAAACUGAAAGUGAAAGUUGUGGCACUGUACUCGAGAUCUGUAAACAAUAGUGCAAAGUAAAGUUUUUAUAUUUUAAAAACAUUUCAAAUUAACAUCAUUUUGUGGAUGUUUUGAAAAAAAUGCCAAGUGGUAGCACAAUAUGUUGUUCUGGUUAAUUUUAGAGUAAUUGCGUUUGGAGAAUACAAAGACCAAACUAGGCUUAAAGUUUGUUAUGUAGUGUGGUAUUUCUCAAUUCAUUUUUGUUAAUAGUCAGCAUCUAGCACAGGGGUCAGCAAACUUUUUCAGCAGGGGGCCCGUCCACUGUCCCUUGUGGGGAGCCAGACUAUAUUUUUUUGGUGUGGAAAUGAAUGAAUUCCUAUGCCCCACAAAUAACCCAGAGAUGCAUUGUACUCAUGUAAAAACAUGCUAAUUCCCGGACUGUCUGCGGGCCAGAUUGAGAAGGCGAUUGGGCCAGAUCCGGCCCCCGGGCCUUAGUUUGCCUACCCAUGGUCUAGCCAGAGGAGCUGCACUGAGACCAUGGCAUGGGUGGUGAUGGUGGGGUUUUUUAGAGCUUGUUGUCGCUCUAAUGGGAAUCAGACCUCCAUUGCCAAUAGCUGACUUGAGGGUGCCUGAAACCAAAGUGGCGCAAUGGGUUAAUUUCCCUCCCCUUACACUAUGGUUCUGAUUUGGGUCCCUUGCCCCCAGUGCCUGCUAUUUGUUUAAUCAAGGCUCUGCGGCCACGAACUAUGUGACAAAAUGUGAAGUUUAGUUUGGCCCCAAGAGCAUGGGCGAAAUUGACUUCUUCUGUUUUGCUAUCUUAAUGGCAGUUAAUAAUUAAUGGAACAUUUUCCUGUGCUGAUCAGAUGUUUUGUGUGCAAUAUAUAUGCAUUUGUUGCACAUACGCUUCUCAUCUCAAGCUAGCGCUUUGAGUACAAUAUCUCCUACACCCAAAUAUGAAAUAUUGUAUACAGUGGUAGCUCAGGUUACAUACACUUCAGGUUACAUAUGCUUCAGAUUACAGACUCUGUUAAGAACUUUACCUCAGGAUGAGAACAGAAAUCACACGCUGGUGGCAUGGCAGCAGCAGGAGGCCCCAUUUGCUAAAGUGGUGCUUCAGGUUAAGAACGGUUUCAGGUUAAGAACGGACCUCCGGAACAAAUUAAGUUCUUAACCAGAGGUACCACUCUAUAUUGGAAAACAAUGUAUGGCACAUUGACAGGGAGCAUUCAUUGCUGCUGUAGAUUGCUGUCUGCAUUAUCAUUGUGUGAACAUCGCAAUGAGAAAGCUUCCCUUUUCUUUUCCCGCUUCCCUUUUCUUUUCCUUCUCCCCAUAUCCAGCUAUGCUAUUUUACAAACCUUUUCCUAUUUAAUUUUGUAAGCUUUAAUUCUUUUUGGAGGCUUUGUGUUAUUCUGCUAUGUUAUGUCUGUUCUACACAGCACAUCUAGUCAGAUUUUAGAUACCUCCAAAGUCUUGAACUGCAACAGUGCUUUCUCCCUCCAGGUUGCUUUGUGUUACUUUCAGAACUGACGAUUCAGUGGUACUAAGUCAGUGGUGACCAACGUGUGCUUGUGGCAUGCUUUCGGUGACCAUGAAGGAAGGUGCAUAGUUAUACUAUGCUGUGCCCUGACCUCAGGUAUGCCUGGGGUUUGCUCAGUUGCCUGUGCUGAUGCCGGCAGGAAUGUCAGCGCAGCCAUUUGUAGAUUGUGCUUUUAGUGAAUACCCAUCCUUGCGCUGGAGACCUGAAAUUGGCUGCUUUAAGUAUAUGUAUUUAAGAGCAGGGUUCAAUCUGAGUGGGAGUCGUCCAGUGACUUCGUUGCCUAUUCACUGUGCCAUUUCCAACAGGUCUGUAUUUACUGUAUUGCUGCAAUUUUGUGGAGAGCUGCAAAACAUAAUUUCCCACCUGAUCACAAAAUAGUGUUGCCAAGGAAACUGAAGAAUUUUCUUCUGGAUAUGGCUAGACGAAAGUCAGAAGACAGGCCUUCUCUGGCAGAUGCAAUUAAGGUGAUUUAAAUUAAGCAAUUUCCUUUUUUUCCAAAAAUUGUAAAAAUGUAUUUUAUUCCUGCAAAUAAUUCUGGUACUGAAGAUAAAUUUCUUUUUUCUUUUUUUUUUUGGUAACAACUCUAAAUUAAGGAGUUGAUAACUGUACUCGAUUUCAUUCCUUAGUGGCUCCAUUGAGAACCAAGGUGUGGCGUUUUGUUGUUGUUUAAAAACAAUAUUGAAAUAUAGCAACUUCAGAUUAGUUGUGAUAAAAUAAUACUCCUAAAUUUAAAAUUAUUUGCAAAAUUAUUUCUAAUUUUUGCACCUAUCAUCUGUCUAAUACUAAACACUUCAAAAUGCUGUUUUCUAGACAUGUGAUAGCUAUCUUCUUGAACAAAGAAUAAGCAGCAAGAAGGUUCUGGCAUGUUUAACCAGAUCUGCCUUUCAGGUAUGAGUGUUUACCUUCAUGUGUUCAGAAAUAAAUAAAUAAAUGAGAAUUCCCAUUAAGCUUCUUAGAACUAGAUUUGGCUCCAUGAAACUCUUCUGCCACCUCCCAUUUCUGCAAUGCCUUGGUUAAAUAGAAUUAACAUAACAGAUCAAUUUAAUUAAGAUUUCUUUUUAACUCCAUAUGUAAACGUGUAAACCUUCUCUCAUGUUUAUGUAAACUGCUCCUGAAUCCUAACAACCACAUCUACAGUAACAAUACUCCAUAGAAGCACUAGCGUUGGCUGUUCAAAAACCAUUAAAGAUGUACCAUAUCUUGAAUAUCUUGGAGCACAUCUCCUCCAUUGUCCAUGGAACUCUUGCUUAAUUAAAGACAAGUUAAGAUUUCUGUCAGCAUUGUACAUUUUGCUGCAAUAUCUGGAGCUGCUUUGCAUGUGUUACAGAAUCCUGCCUGCUUUAUAUACUGGGAGUAGCUCUUCUGCAAACUGGCCUACCUCCCAAUUGGAAAAGUUUCAUCAGCUAGUAAUUUUCAAACCAGUGCUGUUGGGGCAUGACUUGGUGGCAGAUGUCCAAUUAGAAAUCUUUAUGUUGGCUGUCCCUCCACUAUUAUUUCCACUGCUCCCACAUCAACAUGGAAUGCUGUCAUAUUUUAACAUUUUCUCUGUUUUGUGUUGUGUUUCUAUACAAAGAAUAGAAUCUAAUCAAAACAAACACAACUCUGUAUAUAAUGAAUGUAUAAUAUGCACUGAAUCUCCCAAUGCAAUUGGUACUGUGACUAAAAAUAAUAUAAUAUUAUAAUAAUACCAAUACAGAAUUGUGUUUGUUUUGAUGUGUUUCUAAAGCAAGCCUGGAUGAGAAUAGCUUAUGUCCUCUGAGUAGCUCUUGCGCUGCAUUCCUUCAAAGCUCUUUCUACUGUCUAGUCUUUCCUGGCCUUGUAUUGUGCUGGAAUCUAUACUGUACUUUUUGGAAGCUGACAGUUUCAAACUGUAUGAGGUCAGCAUUGGCUUCUAGUGUUCAAGCUCCAUUAAUUAAAAACCCAGGAGCCACAUAACGCUAUGCUUGGCUCAAAUAAGGGUAUUUUUUAGAGCAGAAAGAGAGUUUGGUAUACCAGGCUAGUAGCUCUCCUGAUUAAAGUUCUACAAAAAUGGCAAGAAUGUGUGGGAAAGAGGUGCCUGGAAAGACAGCACCCUCCCUUUUUGCUUUUCUUGCUUGUUGCUAUGGCAGCAGAAUUGGAGCAUGCUGGAAUAUGACCAAGAGAUGCUUAGCCUUUUAUAUGAUAAGUACCCUCAGUGGUUUUAGGGUAGCCUUGGACUUUGACAACGGCCAUUUUGUCUGCAAGUUGACUCAAAUGACCAAGAAGUGUGCUAGUGACCUACAAUUGCUUAUUCGACUUCUCCCCAACCUCCCAGUGCAUUUGGGAAAUUAAAUGCCACAUUCCACACGUCCUUUUAUUUCUGGUGCAUUUGUUUUUGGGAGUGGGGGGAUUCAAAGCUGGUGAUGCAUUCCUUCCAGGGAAUAUGUGCAGAAAAUGUAGCUAUUAUUAAUCCAGAGCAAGUUUCAACAAUAUUUCACAAUAGGAAGGAACAAUUAUGGCUGGUCUAGAAAUAUAAAUGACAUUGGGCUCAAGGACUUCACUCUAUGCUUUUAUUCUUUUGGCUCCUUUGAAAUUGGAAGUAUUAAGUGUGUUGAGCCCUCAGGAAAGAGCAGAAGAAAGCUUGAGCAAAUAAAUGUUUGUCUUUAUCACUGUGUGCUUUAAAAGACAAUUUAUAAUGCAUUUGUGUUUUUUGUUUUUUUACUCUUUGGCUGUUAGGCUUUCAAAGAAGCGGAUUCUUUUAAUGAUAGCAUGCCUUUUGAUUUACAAAGUGAGAGUUCAGUGGAUGAAAACUUAGGUGAGUACACCUGUAGGCAUUCCUGCAUUUUUAUUUUGGGAAGACGCCAUUAGGUAAUGUGUCCAGUCAUGUUGGAAAUAUUUUUCUUAUGUAAGCAAUUGUACAUCCUGCCGUUACGCUAAAUGCAUACUUUUGUCUUUGUCUUCACCUUGUUGCAUAUUCAGGAUUUUUACCUAUGAGCAAUGAAAGCAAACUGAUAGCAGUGAAAGGACCAGUCCCCUGCCAGCCUUCUUUGAACAGAGAAAGUACCAUAUUGCCAAGUGCUUUCACUUCUACAGCAACCCAUUUCAAGCCUAUUAUUCUACAUCAAAACAUUGAUAUUAAAAAGUAAGUGUGUUGGUGUAAUGUCCAGAAAGUAAUAUGCUGUAUUUGAUGCGAUGCAAAAUGAGAUUUUAGUAUUGUUUUAAUAUUCUUCCUUCUUUUUGACUGAGAUUAAGCCAUUUUGGCUUGGUUUGGUGUUCUGAACUUCAUUUUUCAGCAAGGCGCCAUGUAGAUUUCCUGCUCUUUCUAGUAUAGUAAGAGCAUAAGGAUUUCUAGAUCAGACCAAGAAUCAUCCAGAUUGCCCACGGAGGCAAGUCAGAUGUCCAUCCUUGGCAUUUGCAAUAGCUAUGGUACCGUCAUAUGGAAUUUCCAUUUUGCUAACGUGUGUUUGAGGCUAUACUUAGUCAGAAGAGGAACUUCAUUUCAUUUUAAUGCCAUAAAUUGAAACAGUGCCUUAUUUAUAAGAAAAAUACCACACCAGUAGUUUUGACAUCAGAUGCAAAGCGCAGGAAAAUUAGGGUGCUAGACCUUUAAAUAUCCCAGUAUUAAAUGCUCACAAUGUGAUCCCCAUGCUUCUACGCCCUCUCAGUGAAAAGACCACAAACUUAAGUAAGUUUAAAUAUUUUACUUACAGCAAUCAUAGGUCACUCAUGCAUCAGUUCAGUGCUGCAGCAGAAACAACAAAGGUAAAAACUUACUGAGUACAAAAAUACAAAAUAUGGUUUUCAAAAUAGGUUUCUGGAGCUUGGGAGUUCCAGCCUCAUGCCUCUGGUCAGUUACAUGGCUCAAGCAGGAGGGGUGUGGAAACAGGAAACAACCCUUAUUCCUCCCUCCCUGAAGAUGAGGGAGCAUGACCUAGCUGAGUCUUCUCUAGCAAUUUACAGUAUUGUGGUCCUUAACCACUCCAUUUACUAACUAGCAUAGACAUGCCUUGUUAGGUUUGACUGCAAGAUCUCCCACAGGUAUAAUUUUAAGAAUUAUUUGCAGUAGAAUUAUUACUUCCCCCCUUCCCCCAGUACUCUUAUAGUGGGCCAUUCCUACUACAAAAGAAAAACCUCCUUUCAUUGUUUUGGCUGUUUCUAACUCUUCAGACUCAAACACUGAUUUUUAUUUUGCUUAAUGUAUGAGAAGUAAUGUACCUUGUUGAUAUCACCUUGAAACAAUUUUCUCUUACACCCGUAUUAAAAAGGAAAGUAGCAUUUCAUCUUAACUGCCAUGCCUAAUAGCUAUUGAUGCACCUAUUAAGAGUCAUUGAGGCUGGUAUCCAUCAUUACAUUUUGGUAAUUAAUUGUAAGAUUAUUCAUUCUGUGUGAGAGAAAAAUAUUUUAUAUGUUCUAAACCUACUACCAAUAAAAUUAAUUGAAUUAGCUUGAUUGUUAUAUUGGGAGAGAAACAUUGCUCCAUGCAAGUUAAAUUCUACAAACCUCUAUUAUGUCUUUUCUUAGCCUAGCGUAUAUAGGGCAAAUAACAACAAAGAUGAAACAGGAACUAGGGAGGGGAUUCAGAGUAGAUACAUUCAGAGUUGUCACUGAAACACAGAAACAGUUAGUGGUACCUCUGGUUGCAAACGGGAUCCGUUCUGGAGGCCUGUUCGCAAUAUGAAAAGAAUGCAACCCGCAGCGGCAUGCCUGCGCACACGCGGGUUGCGAUUCGCCACUUCUGCGCAUGCGCAUGACGUCAUUUUGCACUUAUGCGCAUGUGCGAGCGGCAAAACCCGGAAGUAACCCUUUCCGGUACUUCCGGGUCGCCGCGGGACGUAACCUGAAAGAAAGUAACAUGAAGUGGACAUAACAUGAGGUAUGACUGUAUUAAGAAGACUUCGGUGUGUACAGCAGAUUGUGGAUGGGUCAAUGUGAUGUGUCAAAUUCCUGCAACUGUUUUGCAUAAAAUAUCUUGUUUUUCAGAGGUACUGCUGCAUCCUCAGUGAUACAAUGUGGAAUGACUAUGGAAAGUGGUGUGCCUGUGGAUUUUAAAAAUUCAAUACGUUUAAAUAUUGAUUCUGAAAGCAAGAUGGAUGAGGACUCUGAUUUGCCAGCAGUCUGCGUUACUACAUCUGGUAUUCUGGAGCAGGAUAAACAAGGAUUGGAAGCAUCACUUCCGACUGGCGCAGAGGAGCCAAAAACAAACAGUGCUAGCUCAGGCAUGGCAAAAUUACCCUUAUUCUCUGAAGCCUCAUGUCCUUCUCAAGGGAAGUGUCCUUCCUCAAGUGAUCCUAACUGCACUGUGUCUUCCAGUAUGGCUUUUAUAAACAAUUUCCUUUUGAAGCAGGACCCAGUAACAAGGGUGUUAACCCUCGUACCAGUCCAGAUUGCUAUAUCAGAGCAAAUACCGAAUAAGCCUCUUCAUUCAAAAACAGCUUACAGUUGUUGUCCCAGUUUACACGUCCUCCUUUCGGAUUCUAUAGUGAACUAUGAUGUUGACAAAGCGUUGCAAAGCGCUUCACCCACGAACCAUCUGAGGAAUUGCAAGACUAGUAACACACGGCAUGAAUGUCUGGACAUGAAGAUUAAUAGUUUACCCCCAACUACAGUUAAUAAAGAGCCUCAAACCAGGUAUCCUGAAAAGAAUCUGUCCCUAACGUUUUGUGAGGAAUGCAACACAGAUGCAAGGAAUAAUGACCCUUUAUCAAAUCACUCGUCGCUUGCCUCUGGGGAAUCAAGUCCUCCUUGUUCACUGAACCUGGAAACCUCUCUCCAUAAUAUUGGGAUAAACGAAAAUUGCUUGAAGAAAGUGGUGCAUCUUAUCCAAGAAGAAUUUGCAUCUGGUAGUCAUCUGAUGAAUACAGUUGAAGCUCUGGCCAUAGGUAGGCAUUUAAUACUUGGAAUCACAUCAUAGAUGCAAAUAUAUAUUCUAGACCAUGCUCAAAUAGAGAUUCUGGUGGCUUUGUGCAAGGCAUGGUCUUGAUGGUUAUUUUUAAUUAAAGUUGGCAUGUGCAGAUCCCAAGAGUUCUCCUGUGCCAUUGAAAGUAGUUUUUGUUUUUAACAUGACCUGAAUAGUUCCAGUGGUUCUGAUUUCUUCCUUCAUCGGAUUUCAUCUGUGUAAAGGGGAAAGCCUAUUCUAGAUAAGAAUGUCUGUUUUUGAAGCUCUUGUUUUAUUUAUAUACAUUUGUAUCCUGCCCUUCCUUCAAGGAACUUAAGAUGAUGAUGAUGAUGAUAUUUAUACCCUGCCCAUCUGACUGGGUUUCCCCAGCCACUCUGGGCAGCUUCCAACAAAAGAUUAAAAAUAAAUUAAAACAGCAGUCAUUAAAACCUUCAGAUGUCUUCUAAACAUCAGAUAGUUGUUUGAUGGGAGGGCAUUCCACAGGGUGGGCGCCACUACUGAGAAGGCCCUCUGCCUGGUUCCCUGUAACUUCGCUUCUUGCAGUGAGGCAACUGCCAGAAGGCCCUCGGAGCUGGACCUCAGUGGAGACACUCCUUCAGGUAUACUGAUGGGGGUGGAGACGCUCCUUCAGGUAUACUGGGCCGAGGCCGUUUAGGGCUUUAAAGGUCAGCACCAACACUUUGAAUUUUGCUCAGAAACAUACUGGGAGCCAAUGUAGGUCUUUCAAUACAGGUGUUAUGUGAUUUUAUCAUCCCAACAACCUUGUAAGGUAGGUUAGGCUGAGACAUGGUAAGCGGUCCCAGGGUCACUUACCAUGAGAUGGGUCUUUGAGCUUGUUCCCUCCUUAAAAUAUGUUCACAAAAUGUUACAGGCAUGCAGGAGAGAAUAGGUCACAUAAUCAGUAAUGUAGCCAGUCGGUUGCUGCAAUAAUUGGUGCAGCCAUUCAUAUAUGAUACUUCACACUGCAAUAGGCAUACUAAUUUGGGUGAACUAUAUUUUCCCAGUGACAGAUUGUUUACUUAGCCCUAUACCUUAAUUAGUUGGGGUAUUGUUCCCCCAUAUUUCAUUUUAAAUCAAAAUUCAAGUGCUCUGGACAUUCCCUUGAUCAAAGGAACAAUAACAUGUUAUUUAUUCAAUUUCUUAUCUUCUCUUCGCCAUGAGUCCUAGGGUGGUUUGCAACCAUUUAAAAAUACAAUAUUAAAAACAGUUAAAACUUGCCCAACAAAGCUCCACAAAACAUUGAUAACCACAUAAGAGAUUUGCUAUCUUCCCCUUCCCGAUUUAAUUCACAUUUUUUAAAAUGUCUUGAACCAGGUAAAUAUAUUUACAGCUUAAAGGAUCUCAAAUAUAAAACUUUCUGUAAUGCAAUCUCUGAAAAAUUUUGCGACCUUCUCUGGGAAGAAAAACUACUAGCAAAACUGUAUGAUGCAGCUAAUGGUAAAACUGUUAUAUUUGCAAGGUAAGUGACUCUUCUGCUAUCUUUCAGAAUAUGUGUUGGCGUUUGUUCUCUGGCGUGAGUUCUGAAUGAGGCACUGGAACUCUCUAGAACUUCUUCAUUGAUCUAAUGGUUGAGGAAACUGAGUAUGUUUAGCCUGGGACAGAGGAAACUGAGAGGAGAUGUCACAAGGAGGAUGGACCAAGCUUGGUUUCUCCUGCUCUGAAGGGUAGGACUCGAACCAACGGACUGAAGUUUCAAGAAAGGCGAUUCCAAUUAAUCAAGAAGAACUUUCUGUCUGACAGUGGAACAGACUGCUUCAGGGGGUGGUGGGUGGGCUCUCCUUUCUUGGAGGUUUUUAAACAAAUGUUGGCUGGCCAUCUGUCAUGGAUGAUGUAGUUGACAUUCCUACAUUUCAGGGGGUUGGAACUAGAUGACUCUCGCAGCGCCUUUCAACUCUACAGUUCUGUGAUUCUAUGAACUUCCUUGCCUUUUGACAUUGACUCCUAAACUCCCAUUCCUGGGUUGGAUCAUGAUGUUUCAUCUAAUUAUUAAGUCAGAGAAACUUAACCAAGUGGGAAAUGCAUUUUUAAAAAGGAAAGGAUUUUAGCAUUUAAGAAUUAUGCAGGAGCUUGAAUUGGCUGGUAUAUCUGUAUGGACAUAAACAUGACUGUGCUGAUGUAAAAAUGAAUAAACCCAUGAGAGGCUAUAAACCACUCAGAAGUUGUGACUGCAAGCUGCCGUGCAAUCAAGAUGGAAUCCCUCGUUCACACUAUGCAGUUUGUUCUCUAGAGCCUGGUUAUAGUGUAUCUAACUUUAAAAAUUCAUUAAGAGUAUAAUGAAGAUAUUUGGCUUCUUAAUUUUGGUGUUGAGUGCAAAAAGAAAAAGAAGACGACUCAAAACAUAUGGUUGGCAUUUCAUAACAUUUUAUAUCAUGAAUGCUUCUAGUUUUGCUUAAUGUUUCUCAUGACUAAUGUGAUACAUAGGAGACUUUAAUGAAGACCGAUAAUAUACUGGUGUCUAUUCCCUGUUGGCAAUGUUUCGGAAAAUGGCUUUUUGUAUAAAAGAGAGAAAUGUGUGUGUGUUGGGGUGGUGUUAAUACAGUUUCUAAAAGAAGUAUUUUCACUUUUUUAUCAGGUAUUACUGUGUUCAGAACAUCUUUUAUAGACAUAACUGAAAAUGUGUUGUGGAUUGACUAUUGAGGAGAAAGCUAGGAAUGUCUCUGGAAUUUAUAUUGCAUGCUGCUUUGGGCGAAAGAAAGAACAACAGAGGAAAUUUCACAACUACUGUACCUUGUCCAAUGCCAUUGCAUACUAGUGGAGUGGUUUUCAAACCUUCUGUUUUAGGGAAACUCUGCACAUUGACAUGUCUGCCAGACUUUUGUUUAAUUUUUGUUUUUAUCAUUAUGGUACAUUGCAGAAGACUCUGCGGCCUGGUCCAAAACACUUCACGUGGAGAGCUAGUUUAGGUCUCCUAGGUCUUGUUUCCUUUACUUUUGUUCUGUGCUGCAUAACAAGAAAAGCUGAAUGAAAUUGUUUUUGAAGUUUCAGGCACAUUGAACCUCAUAUUUGAGCUUUUCUCCCUAACAAAUCUUUCCUGCAUGUCUCUGUGUAAUCAACUAUCUCACCACCCCGUCUCUAUAUUUACAGCAUGAAUGAAACAAAAUACUGUGGCAACACAUUUCAGAGCCAAAAUAAACCUAAGAAUCUUGGGGACGCCAGUGAAGAAACAAAUGGUAAGGAAAGACCACAGCUUGUGAUGAUGAUAAUGAGACCAGAAAGUGUUAGAAGAUAUUAAUUCAGUCGCUGAAGAUAUUAAUUCAAUUGCCAGUGGGAUAGCCAUGUUGGCUCCUUGCAGCAAAAAGCAAUGAAGCAUCUUGUGGCAUGUUAAAGACUAACAAAUGUAUUAUGGCAUAAGCUUCGGUGGAUUACACUCCACUCCAUCAGAUCCAUACGUACCCCGAAUUACAAGUAUACAUAUACACAUGGAUGGCAGGGGGUGGGAAAUUGUAAAUAGUGAGGUCAGAGGGAAAUGAUAUACAGAAAAGUGCAGAGCGGUAAUUGCCUAAUUCACAGUGAUAAUUCACAAAACUGUUGUUGAUAUCACAUAUUGUUGAACCAAUUAACAUAUAUAAUAUGCUAAAAAGAGUUUGUAUAGGUUCAGUUCACAAAUGACCACAUUUGAACCUCUUGAUGUAUUCUAAUUAAGCAGUUUUAUGUUGCAGACUUUCUUUGAAGUUGUUUUGUUCCAAGAUGCUCACUUUCAGAGUGUCCAUGGUGGUUAAAAUGCUGCCUGCUCCAUCCAGCUUUUUAAUGUUGUGGUCUAUGAUGUCAGAUUUAUGUGCAUUUAUUUUUUACAUAGAGACUGACCUGUUUGUCUUAUAUAGAAAGGCAAUGUUGACAGAUGAUGGCACAGAUCAAAUUGGAAGGUGCACAGGAGAAUUAACUCUUUCUAAUAGCUGUCCCUUCCACUCAUAGGGUGUCGGUGUUGGGGACCCUAUCUGUAGCAAAGCAUUUAUGUGUUUUCCACAAGGACAGGGUCAUCCCCUCCUUUCUACCCAAAGUAUUGUUGAGAUUCCAUGUUCAGCAAGAGUUUUGUCCCAUCCCUGCUCACCCAUUGGAAAAGACCUGGGACGCAUUAGAUGUGAGGUGUGCACCCAAGGAUACCUCACAUCCAAGGAGAGCCAGUGUGGUGUAGUGGUUAAGAGCGGUAGUCUCGUAAUCUGGGGAACCGGGUUCGCGUUUCCGCUCCUCCACAUGCAGCUGCUGGGUGACCUUCGGCUAGUCACACUUCUUUGAAGUCUCUCAGCCCCACUCACCUCACAGAGUGUUUGUUGUGGGGGAGGAAGGGAAGGAGAAUGUUAGCCGCUUUGAGACUCCUUAAAGGGAGUGAAAAGCGGGAUAUAAAAUCCAAACUACUACUCUUCUUCUUCUUCUUCUUCUUCUUCUUCUUCUUCUUCUUCUAGGACUAAAGUGUGUAGACUAACGUGUAGGAUUCCUUAUUUAUUUCCUUUCACCUCACUUCCUUGGGCAAAAUGGUUAGCUCCUCCACCUUAUAUAGGUGGCUUAAAGCUUGUAUUGUGGUGGAAUAUGGAGCUUUGAAGCUUCUCCAACCAUCUUCUAUUACAGCUCAUCCUACUAGAGUGGCAGCCACUUUGGCAGCUUUCUUUGCUAACACCCCUUUGAUUGAUAUCUGUUGGGCAGCCAGUUGGCUGUCCCUAGCUACAUUCACAAGGGGAAGUCAUAAGAUGGAGCUUAUGCCUCAGCAGAGGCUGCUUUUGGCUGUAUGGUCUUGCACCAAGUCCUUCUGCCUUACUACUUUCCAUUGCAGCUGGGAUCCACCCUAAUUAGGUUUGCUGUGUGGUACAUCCCAACCCAAUAAUUCAGCAACACCAACACCCUCCUGAAAUAGUACAGUUGGUACUUACCUGAACAGUAGAUUUAGGAGGGUUCACUGGGCUAUUAGGACUUCAUCCUAGUGGGGACUGCAAUGGUCUAUACGUUUGUGUUGGACUGUUCACAAGUCCCCCACACCACCCUUACUGGGACACGAGUUUUCUGUUAUUUUACUUACCCUUAUUGUGUUGACUCCAUUGACUGUCGAUCUUGGAGGGUCUGUAAAACUGAUCGGCAGCUAAUCACUUCCUGGAAGAGUUUUCUUUUCCUGCUUCAUCAUCAAGGCAUAUCCUAAGACCAACCUGAUAGCCCAAUGACUCCUCCGAAAUCUACCAUCCAGAUUAGUACCAACUGUACUUUCUUAAUGAGAGCUAAAAAUAGGGGACUGUAGAAGAAUGGUAUUGGAAAGUUGCGUCUCGCCUUCUUUUAUAGUCCCAAUUUGUUGAUAGUGAUGACGGCAGCUCCUUUGUCAGCAUCUUUAAUUAUGAUGUCAGUAUUGUUUCUGAGGCUGUGGAUGACACCACACCCUGCAUGGGAGAGGUUGUGUGGUAAAUCAUGCUCUUAGCUGAUUACCUCAAUUUGGGCACAGUGACAGAAGUACUCCAUAUAAAAACCUAACUGUGCGUGAGGUUGUGGGGUCUAUGCAGAAUUCUUUUCUGUGCUAUUUUUGGGUACACUGUCCAGUUGUGUUCAGGGAAGAUAGUAGUUGAGUGCUCGUGCACUGGGCAGUGCCAUGGCAGAAAUGUUCCUUGAGUCAUAACAGUAGGAUUCCCACCCCAGAUCCCACCUCAGUUUGCAUUUUCCAAAUGUUCAUAGUUUCUACUUUUGGUUCAAAAUGCAGCUUAAAAAACAACAACUAAUAAUGAUUUUUUUAAAAGCAAAAUUUGUUUAGAAAUGCAGAUUUUUGAAAAAAAUACUUAUUUGAAAGAUGAAUUUUCAUGCUGAUUUUUUUAAAUUUUUAAUGUAGAAAUAGGUCAGGAGACCCACAUGUGAAGAUGCAGCAAAGAUUUACUCCCUUUUACUCACUGCUAUUCCAAAGCAGUUGUGAUGCCAUACUAAUCCAUAUUCUCAAUCAGAAAUGUGUAUUGGAAACCGCAUUUCACCUCUAAGAUUGCAUUCGAAAGGCUGGACAAUAUAUCCAUCCUGUAAUCAUUCUGGCUGAGUAGCAUACUUUGUUUACAUUUCUUUCUUUUAAGCAUUUGUGCACUGCCCCUUCAUUACUUAAGCUGACUUUCAACAAAAAAUAAUAACGCAGUUAAAAUGAAAAUAUCAUGAAUACUCGUUGAUUGUAAUAUUUCUAUAUAAUCUACAGCAGGAGGAACAUAAGGCCACACUCUGCUACUGUAAAUGCCCAUAGGCUUACUGGGAGAGGAGUUUUGCAUCCUCCUCAAAAAGCUAAGAAAGUAGGGCAGUGUUAAACUGCAGUGGGAUAAAUCAUUUUUUUAACCUUUGUACAGUUCAGUCAAGGCCCUACAUGGCGUCCUCGCAUGCAGUGUAGGCAUGUUCAAUAGAGCCCCACCUUGCAGAAAAUUUGCAGUGGCUGUGCUUCUGUGUGAAGAGGGCAUGUGGGUUCCUGGCCAUGAAGAAAUUUUAAGGUUUCUGCUGUGGGAUGUAAUCCACUGAGAGCAGUCAAGUACAACAUUCCUUGUUUUGCUAUAGUGGACAUGCAAAGGAAUGUUUGGUCCAGCCAGUCGAAACUUCCUGUUCCUCCUGACCUGGAGCAUCCUUCCUUGCAUGUGGGUGGGCGUGACCUUUCCAGACCUGAUAAAAGGACAAGGCAUGCUGCCACUCUCUCUCUUUUCCAUCUUCUUUUCAUCCUGCGAACUUCCUGGAAUGAACUGCUGGCUGCCAGCCAAGCAGUCCCCCAGGUCAUCUUCCUUAUGGGAUAAACUUGUUAGUAUAAGUUUGUAACUUGAAGCCUUAAACCUGCCUUCAGGGAUCACACUGUGCUCUGCCCGAUUGUGAGUAAACUUUCUUUUUAUUGCUUAUGAAUAAGACUGCGGUGUCUUUAUUCUUUUAGGAGGGAUUCAAGUGGUCUUACCAGGAAAACAUUAGAACACAUUUCAAUCUGGACGAGCCAGAUUGAAUUGCGUAUUGUCUUAAGAAACUCACAUGACUUUGCAACUAGUUUUCUGCUGUGAAAAGGAGAAUGCACUCUGCUAAGUAAAGAAACUUGCUAAUGCAAGUUAGGAACGAUAUUAAUAAACAACAUAUUCUCUCCUGUCCCCCUGAACAUUCCCACAGCUGCUACACAUAAUGUGUGUGUGUGUGUGUGUGUGUGUGUUGUAUGCCAAUUGGCUUGUGACCGUUGCCAGUGUGAUGAAAGAAAUGUGAUGAACAUGUUUUCACACAACUGCAGUUUCUAUUGCCGGCAUAGAUGCAGAUGACCUCCCACAAGAUAAUUCUGAAAAGGAAGCCGAAUCACAGGAAAUUGCAGAUGGAAUACAAAAGAAUGGUGGAGAAAUUUUGCAAGCCAAUGAAUGUUACCUCCAUGCAGACUUGCCAGCAGAGAACCAAGAACAAGAGCAGGAUCUGUUAAAGUUGGAGGAAAAUGUUUGCACCAAAGCUCCCUGCUUAUCUGAACUGUGUGGAUUUUGUCCUGGUUGGAGCACUGCAUUCUAUGGUUCAGAAUGUUUUAGUUUGGAAGUACAUCACUACGUAAGAAAACUUGGAAAGCGGAAAGUUAAUGACGCACAAGACAUAGAUGCGAAAAAAGCGGUAGGUAUCCUGAUUUUCAAGAAUGGAUGAAAAAUCAGGGACACUUUUUUUUUUGUUUUAAGGUGUAAUAUAGAGCAUGAAAAGCAGGCUUCCAGAGGUAAACUAGUGCAUUACUUAUGCUUUCUACAAGGUGCAUUCACAUGGGUGAUUUAAAAGCAUUGGAUAUGCUUUAAAACCUAUUUUCUCCAGUCCUUGCAAGAUGGGUUACUCUAGUUACUAUUGUCCACACUAUUCCAAUAUUCAUUUGCAGUACAUAUAAGUACCAGUGUAGGUUUGUGUAAUCUGGACAGUAUCAUGAGCAAUGUUGGGGUAGGGACCUUCCUUGGGCUUCAUGUUUAAUGAGCAUGAAGGGGAGUCAUGGAGAAUUGCGAAGCUGUGCCUUAAAUUAUUCUACCUGAUUAUGAAAGUUGAGACGUUUGUUCGCAAGAGAAAUGGAAACAUUUUGGAAAUACUUCCAGUCAUGUUAGCCCCUUGCAGAGAAAACAGCAGAGUAUUGCAAGACCUUAAAGACUACGAGUGGAAUUUAAUGUCACACUGUUACAGACAUUCCAUCCACACAAGCAUAUUAGCUUGGCAGGCUGAGCAAUCCCCUGUCCCCUCCCCUUACAGAUUGUACUGGGGACCAAUCUCAGGCCCCAGGGAAGGAGAGGGGGGAGCCCUUUUGUGGAGAGCUGCUGCUGCUGGGGUUCAUUGGUUGAGUUGCCAUUCAACUUUACAGUUUGCUCCUUUUUCUGUCUGCCAAAUAAGAUUUCACUUCACACAUCUGACAAAGUGGGCUUGAGUUUGCAGCAGCUUAUGCUGUAAUAAAUGUAUUCGUCUUUAAGGUGCCAUAAAAAACUCUGGGGUUGUUGUUUUUUAAUGCCAUCUCUUCUGUACUCCAAAUGACUUACUAGGCUUUCACUACCAGCUAAUAUCAAGGGUUUUGUAUAGUCUUACAGUGAGCAUUACAAUUUCAGCGAUCAAGCUCACAGAAAUCUAGCACACUCUUGAUGUAUCAUUCUCUGCCUACAUAGUAGGUCAAGUAUUUAGCAGAGACAUCAUUUUUGUGAGGACAUGUUUUGAAUCGAAGAAUGUUGACCUUUGAUCUUUAAUAUGUGCUUAAAUGCAAAGGCUGUUCUCAAGAGCCACUGUAUUAGUUCACACAUCACCUUGUGUUCUUAUCAAAGAAAUUUUAGCCUUCAGGCAUCAUUAGCUUCAGGGAGAGCAAUGGAAGAUGGUCCUUACUUUAACAGAUCAAAAGCUUAUGUUGAGUUAAACCUAAUGAUUUUUUUUUCCAAACCAGAAAGAGAACAGGUUUGUCUUUGAGUUUGUUGGCUGUAUUCCCAUUUCUUUUAUUUCACAAAAUGCUUUUCAGUUUACAAACACCCACAUUCACCUAGAAUGCUAUAAGGCAAUGCCGCUGCUAUUUAAGGUAAACAGCCCUAAUCAGACCACGCUUAUUUGAUUUAAGAAGUCAUUCAUUCUAGAAUUAACUACUGUGAUUUGUUGAUAAUUGUUUCCAAUGGAAAUAAUUAAAUCACCAGGCUUUAUUGCAUAACUGCAGGUGUGUCAGUCAUACAGCUUGUUUUCACUCGCAUGCUAAGGCCACCCUCCAGACGGAAAUGCAGCAGGACUUCGGUGUAAUUCUUCUUUAAUAGGAUUCUUGCCGACCACUUGAAAAGCUGUUUUUGAAACUCAGGGAAGAAUCUGAAUUAUUGCUGUUUACACUUACUCUUUCCACCCUUUAAGAACUGUUUGCUCGGCGGAAACAGUUUGCCAUCAGUUUGCCACCCUGAAUAUACCCUGGUCUACAUCAGAUGCACGAAGAAAGGAUUCACAUAAUGAUAUACAACCAUAUUAGCAUACAGAUCUCCCUUGCAGAACUGGGAAAAGCUACCUUUGGUAUCUCAUGAUAGAAUUGUGGAAUAUAAAUCUUUUAAUGAAAGCAAACAGAGCAACGUCUUUAUUUCCUAUAUGACAUUGACUUGUUUUGGGACACAUGACUAGUCUUGAUUGUCCCUAGAUAUUUUUAUAAAUACUUUGUUUCUUUCAUCCUGAUUUUUUGCACUGUUCGUUGAAGUCUACUUCAGCUGACAUUGAACAUUCCAUUUAAAACAGACUAUAGACUUGUCAGUAUUCCUGGAAAGAAAGAAAGAAAAGGGUUAUAUGAUGUGCAUAUAAUAUUAAUGAAAAUAAUUAUGUUCAUCAAUAAUUUUAAAGGCAUUUAAGUACAAUUUAUGUGCUCAAAUGAGUUUAAGUACCUAUUAUUCCAAUACUAUGACCCCGUUCAGAGAUAAUUUCAUUUCCAAUUAACCGCAGUUUAGCAGAUUGGGAGCAAACCAUGCUUUCUGCUUUUCCCUCCUUCCUUUGUAUGCCUGGCCUUGUUGAGGAUAUCCUGCUCUAUUUAAACUACAGUUUCUUGUGAUCAUACCUGUCAACUUUUCCCUUUUCUUGCGAGGAAUCCUAUUUGGAAUAAGGGAAUUUCCCUUAAAAAAAGGGAAACGUUGACAGCUAUGCUUGUGAUAGCCAAACAUGUAGAAUGUUUAAGGGCUCAUUCCGUAUCAAGAGACCCUCCAUAUCCUGGAUUGGAGUGAGCCCUUAAACCACAGUUAUAAUCGGAUGUUGCAGAGAAGAGAUGGCAUAUAGGAACACAAUUCAGUUCCGGGUCUGAUAAACCAUUGUUUAAUUGGAACAAAAUUUAGACUUCUGAACCAGACCCAUAUGGCUAGCUGUUAGAAUUGUUAACAGACAGUUGAAAUGUGAUAAUGUUUAGCUUUAACUUUUAUGCAUAUUAACUGUUAGGGGCAAUACUAGGUGUUAUUGUUGGUUGAUUCUUAUUUGCAACCAGCUUCUGCUUAUCAGAAGUAAAACUACUAAAGUAUACUUACUAUACUUUCACUUCCCUCCGCCCUUCACACCAGGAACUUGAGCAGCUGAUAAUGAUGGAGACAAAGAAUUAUAGGAAGAGUAUAAAAUUCCACCAGAGGUUGUUGCAUAAGGAGAGAAGAAGCAAAGGUAUAUCUGUAGUUUGUAAUUUUAAGAGCUUUGUUACAGUAAUUGUGCACCUGUGCUGACGCAAAGUGGCCCUUACUGCACUUUUUAAAUCUUGAGGUGGUGAAGUGAAAACAGUGUUGCCCAAACUGAAGGGACAGCUGGAAGAAAUGAAAUCAAAGGUGCAGUUUCUUGACCUGGUAAAGAAGUACCUGCAGGUAAUUAUUUGGCUUUAUUUUUGAAUUAGAAAUUGGUAUCUACUGUUUCCAAAUCAGUGCAUCAGGAAGUAGAUUUUUUCCCUACACGCCACACUUCAAUGCUGGAGGAAUGAAGUAUGAGAGCCCAAAGUAGCAUUGCUUUUUUAAUGUGUAGAAGUGGCUCCCUUUGAUCAGCACCACUCCCAUAGUUCCCCACGAGUUCUCGGACCUGUUUAUUGGUCACACAAGAAUGUCCAGCUUCCUUAGAGGCAUCUGGCUGGCCAGUGUCACAAUCAGGGUGGUGGACUUUGAGCUAGUGCAGUUCCUUCUCUAGCAUUCGAGUUGAAAGAACCUCCUGGGUGGGCAGUGAGGAUAUGCAUGUCCAGCUUUUGCAUGCCCAGUGAUGUGCAAAUUAGUAGUCAGGGCCGUCUUUACCUGGGGGUGCAAGGGGUGCGGGGCACCCGGGCGCCGAAUUCUGUGGGGCGUCAAAUGUAUACCUACUGUAUGCCAGUCCCUCUCGAUUGGCAGCAGUGAAAAGCAAUGGAGUGAAAGUCCCUGCCUCCCUCCUCCAUUGCUCUGUUACUCCGUAGCAACAAAUAUUCCCGAGUCAGAAAACAAAAGCAGUUUCUUUUCUGCUGUGUUGUUGUUACAGGUGAGCGAUUUUCCCUCCCAAGAAGAGCUCAAUAACUUUGGCUUCCCUACUUAAUAGAAGUUAAUUUGGGGGUGGCUAAACUAAAAUUUGGGGGCGCUGGGCAGAUCUGUGCAUCCCAGCGGGGUAUAUGCUAAAGACGGCCCUGUUAGUAGUGCCUUUGUGUCCCUUCCCUUCUCCUCCCCAUCACUGGAAUAACUUUGUACCAUUUUGUCUGCCUUGUCUCCUUCUGCUGCAGAUUAUGUCUAUAGAGAAAUGGGGAGUUGAGGCAUGCAACCUUCUUGCAGUUGUUAACAUGGCAAGCAGUGAAGCUCUGGGCAUCGUUAGCUCCUUGGACUGCAUGCUCCUCUUCUAUAAUAUAAAUAAAACCCAGUACAGAGCCCCGUGUAAUGACAAUCAAAGUCAGCCAAGAAAUCUACAAGCUGGAACACCACUUGGGCUGAUGGCAUAUCUCUAUUCCAGGUACAGCCUGUUCUGCAGUCUCACAAAAGGUGAUGUCUGUUCUCACCCCCCUCCCUAUUGAAAUGAAGGUGCAAUUCUGUUAUCAAUCUCCAUGCAUUUUAUGCUGCAAGAUUGAAAGGAAAGUGUCUCUCUCACUGCUUUGCAAAAGUGAGGUGAGAAAGAAGUUAAGGAAUCACUCCCAGGUUAACACAACUCCUUUCGACAAUUCUUUUCCAAGUUUAGGCAAUGGAGAGCAGGAUGGUCUGUUUCUCAUUUUAAGUACUGGAGCAAGGGGGGUCCUAUAGUUUAGAGUUAAAUUUAUUUUAUCAUGUCAUGGUUGGGAAAGGCAAAGGGAGCUCUUAUUUUUCUGAAAUUCUCGUUUUCUGGAUUAUAUUGAGUAUUCCAGAUCAACAUUUAGAAAUGAACACAUUGGGAUAAAACACGUAUUUAAGUACAAAUUAUUUCUGCAUAUUUUUUGAAAUCACAGAUGAAUGUUGGAAUGGGACAGAACAGACUUAAGAAGUGAACACAUUUAAAAUUCACAUGGACUGGAAAUAGGGUAUUUCCAAUGUUAGUCAUAGACCCAUUGAAAUAAGGGGGUUUAAUCACAAUAGACCUGUUUACAUAAGAGGGUUUGAUAAAUCAUUUCAGUGAGACUACUAUAUUACUUAGUUGGAUAUCACUCAGGAUUAUCUAUUCCUCGUUGCAGCUCCUGAAAAUGUAGGAUUGUGCUUUAAUGUCAUUAAUUUUUUGAACAUGGAAUUUCUAAAAACAAAGGAUCUGCUUUAAAAGAAAAUAGAGAUUGUGGGAAUUCAAGUGACAUUAAUUGAAUCUCUUCCUUUCACUUUUCAAUCUUUCUCUGUACUUGAUUCUAAGAAAGCACGCUUGAGCUUACAAUAUUGAUUUUUUCUUGUACUCUGCAGAAAUGCAUUUUUAGAAGGCUAUGUACAGCAAUUCCUCUUCACCUUUCGUUACUUCUGCUCCCAAGAAGAAUUUUUUCAAUUUCUUCUUGAUAGAAUCAGAAUCACAUUACCCAAGUAAGUGUUGAAAUAAAGCUGAACUCUUGAUACAUUCCAGUUUACUAGCAUAGAUGUAUCGGCAGUCUUUCCUUGUUCCUUUGAAAUUGUGAAUGAUCGCUUUAUUUUGAAACUAAAAGCAUUCAUUUAAGUUAGAUGGGAUUUAUAAAAUUUCUUACAAGAUACAACUGCAAAUUAAAGACAGAGUCCUCUUCUUGGCUGAGUGUUUUGUCCAACAAAUAUAUUCUUAUUUCAAUAGCUUUCCUUUCUUAUUAAGCUACAAAAAAGGAAGCUACACUUCUUGUUUGUGUUCUGGAAGAGAUAAACUGAGACACAUAAUCCUUUCAAGUACAUAAUUAUAAUUGGUGGAAUAUUCAAAUGUCAAUUUAUUCACCAACUUUCUGUUGUUCUUAGUUCAAGCCUGGAAUCUUGUUCGUUGCUUAGCAAAAUACGCCAUCGUAGCUUCGCCAUUCUGCAGACCUGGAUUAAAGACUGCUAUGCUGUAGACUUUGCAGUAAAUCCUGAUUUUAUGAGUACACUAAAAGGUGUUAUCAUAUCUAAGGUAAUUCACUAUAUUUACAGAAAAUUUAAGGUGGAUGUCAUCUAAGUAAGUCAUCACAUGCAAAAUUGCAUUAAUGUUAUACGAUAUAAUUGAACUGAGAGGAAAUAACAUGCCUUGGGGAUCCAUGAGUUUUGUUUCCUAAAUCACUCUAGUAAAGCAGGGUUUAUUUUGGAGAUAUUAAGGCCAUUAUAAUCUGAAGAAGACUCUAAUAAUGCCCUCUUUGUAGGUAGGUCCACUCAAUGGCUAUGGCGAAUGGUUGCUGUCACUACUGGGAAGCAUUACUAGCAGGAAGCAAAGCAAUGUUUCUGAAUACUACCAGACAGAAAAAUGGGAAGAAGAAGAAGAGGAGGAGGAAGAGACCAGUGAAAUAAAACCUUUACACUUUCAUUGCAAAAAGAGCUCAAAAGAUGUUUUGCAAAAGGUAAGAGGAUUCUUUAACUUGCUCUACGGACAGCAGCACCUGGCAUGUGCUCUUCUGUCUGUCUGUUUAGUUCUUAUUACAAGUUUUCCCCAAAGCAAUACAAUAAACAUCAACAACUGUUACAGGGUCUGAGAGUUACAUUCACAGCCUAGAUUGAGACACGCCAGAUAAUAGGUCGUUCCUGGGCUGCUGUUCUGGUAGUGUAGCAGACUUCCGCUUGCACAAUGGAAUUUCACCCCUCUUCUCCCCUACAGCAUCUGUCCCCAUCAUACUUCCUUAAAAGAUUACUAGUAUGGAAAACAAUCAGCUCAAGAGAGAGAGAUCUCCAGUAUUGGGAAUAGAAGAUUGGAGGCUGUAUGGAGAUAUGCAUGAGGAGCAUAUUUUUGACCAGAGCUAAAUGAGUGUACAGAGAUUAAUAGCGUGGCAACUCUGUCAAAAUAUUCUUUAACCAAAGAUGUUUUGUUGUAACAGUUGAAAUAUUUGCUGUUAGCGUAUCUUGUUACAUGUUAAUAAACCCAAGCCGUAGUAUAUUUUCUGGCUAAGGCUUAUAUUUAGUCUUUCAAUUAGGCAUGAAUGGAGAAUGAUGUAAAAAACAAAAACCCAACAUGAAAUAUUGAACUAAAAAGUCGAAGUUAUUUUAAUGCAAGGGGGAAGUAGUAAUAAUAGGAUUCUAUAGAGUCCUGUUCAAAUAGACUUGUGGACUGUGCUCUCAAAUGGAUAUUGUUGUAUUGGGGUAUGAUGGUAUAAAAUUUAACUGCAUAGAUUUAUUGUACAGGUACUAGUCUUUGAACUUAACUUACAUAUUACAUUAUGUAAUAAUGUGUUCGUUUUUGCCUGAGUAAAGUUAUAGACAAAGCAAAUGCCUUUUGUUCUUUUUUUACAGAGCUUUAAUUGGAAUAUCUCAAAGGAAAGUGAAACUGUUGCACCUUAUCAGAGAGGCAAGCAUAGCAUUACAUCAGCUUUAGCAAAUCCAUGCUAUUCAAAUGAAACAGAAGAAUUCUCAGGCUUUUACUCUAAAACAGACAGAAUGCCAUAUCUCUUAACAGAAUAUACCGCACAACAACUUUGCCAUCAGCUGACGCUUCUGGAACAGGUAAAUUUGCAUUUUUGGAUAAAACCGUCUUUGUGGGUCAGUUUCUUGGUUGAGGUUCAGGCCUGGUUCUGGCACAUAAACUGCCUUUCUUGCCCUGUAGAAUGACUCCUGCAAAAAAAGAGACAGGGUAGGGUUGCCAUAUUUCAAAAAGUAAAAACCAGGACACCCCAAAAGUUUAGGAAUACCGCAAAAUUGUUGAGCUUUUUUAGUCACACACUUUUUCGAUUGCCUUGCCUAAGAUCCAGGACAAAGUGCUGACUUUCUGAAAUUCCCCCUGGGCAUCAAUUCCGCCCUUGAAAUCCUGGUAAUGUCUGGGAAAAUCCAGACGCAUGGCAGCCCUAGGACAGAGUGAGUGUAGCUCUGUUGAUUCACCUGGACCUCUCCAGUGGUUUUUGAUACCAUCAACCAUGGUAUCUUUCUAGAGAGGUUGUCAGAGUUAGGGGGUCAAUGGAUAAGUAGUGUACACCAGAUCAAAUGCAUCAUACGCCAUUUUUGUCUGUUUUAGGAAAUGUUCCAUAAAUGUCACCCAGUGCACUUUCUAAAUUCAAGAUUCCUUGGAGUCAAUGAUAAGAGUGUGUCUUUCCAAAAGUAAGUUUGGUGCUUUGCCUAGCCUAAUGGCAUACUGAUAUGUAUUGGGGGAAAAUUUAUUAGCAUGAGAAAAUUUGUUGUAGACUUCAGAGUAUGAUGAGAGACUUCAAAAAAGUACACCAACUGAGACAGGGCAACAUUAUCAAAGGACAUGGAUACUGCCUGAUGCUGAACACUGAACAUACUUUUUUAAGCAAAACGUUUUGACAAAAUAGUAGCAUACAUCUAGUUUGUAAGAUAGAUAUUUUUCAUUUAUUAAUAGUCUAGUGUUAGCCAGAGGCUUAUAUAAGGCAACUUAGUGCUUAUACUUCUGACAAAACUUUUUGGUUAAAUAUUCUAAGGUCUCUCACAUUUUGAACGUGCCUCUUGCUUCCAGUUCACGAUUAUCAUUUGUUACACCUUUGACAUGUUUUGUGGGUUCUAUAUUUUGCUGGCCCAGUUUAAGACUGGAGCCUGGGAGUUAAGACAUUUUCUCCAUUAUCUUUUCCACUAUACAUAAUUUGGGAUUAACAGAAGUAAAUUAGCAUAGCAGAAAUGGUAAGGGGCUGUAAAUAAAAGGCACCUGUGCCAGUUACUUUACUGACACAGGGAGAGACAGACAGAAAAGAAAAAAUAAAUAUAUUUAGCCUAUUUGGCUAUUCACACAGGGGUUCCGUCUGCUGGAAUGAAGGCAGGAAUGCCCCUCAGUAAAUGCCUCCCCGAUGCAUAAGCAGGUGGCCAGGAGGAAGUGGUACUUGCUUCACUCUGUUGCUUCAUUCAAUUCUCUCCUGCCAAGCCUUGUUACCCACUGCAUUCGCUGCUCCAGAGUAUCUUGUUUGACUCCUCACAGCCAGGAGGAGGAGCCUUUAUUGUACUGGGAAUGUCUCUCUGUAGCUCCAUCACCAACACCUGCCUCUUUGUCUGAGCCACUGGGAGCUACACUCAACUAAUUGUAAGGAAAUAAUGUUGCUUUGCCCCCUUUGCAUGGAUAUAAUCUAGUAUUUAAAUUUUGUAGAUGCUUGUCUUUUACAGAGCUGCUUCCUCUGAGCAAUUGCCUGCUCAAGCCUAUAACCUUUUUGCGGAAAACUGUGUCCAAGAUGCUUACCUUUUGCAGCUUUUAAAAUAUGCAGACAAUGUCAGUAAUUGGGUUGCUGCUGAAAUUGUAACAAGCUACAGCUCUAAGGUUUGCAGUCCUCUUUUUCAUGAUUGCUUUUCGUGUGUAUUGAUAAUUUAUUUGUGGUUGACCCUUCUUAUGCAGUUAUUUUGUCUGUGUAUGAUCUGAAUUCCUGCCCACCUAAAGUGCAAGUAGAUAAAUAGGUACCGCUUUAUAGCGGGAAGGUAAUGGCGUUUCCGUGCGCUGCGCUGGUGCUGGCUCGCCAGAGCAGCUUCGUCACGCUGGCCACGUGACCCGGAAGUGUCUUCGGACAGCGCUGGCUCCCGGCCUCUUAAGCGAGAUGAGCACGCAACCCCAGAGUCGGUCACGACUGGCCCGUACGGGCAGGGGUACCUUUACCUUUAUGAUCUGAAUGGACUCAGGUGGUGCUGUGGUCUAAACCACUGAGCCUCUUGGGCUUGGUGAUCAGAAGGUUGGUGGUUCGAAUCCCCACGACGGGGUGAGCUCCCAUUGCUCGGUCCCUGCUCCUGCGAACCUAGCAGUUCGAAAGCACGUCAAAGUGCAAGUAGAUAAAUAGGUACCGCUCCGGCAGGAAGGUAAACGGCGUUUCUGUGCGCUGCUCUGGUUCACCAGAAGCGGCUUAGUCAUGCUGGCCACAUGACCCAGAAAAACUGUCUGUGGACAAAUGUCGGCUCCCUCGGCCAGUAAAGAGAGAUGAGCGCCACAACCCCAGAGUCUUUCACGACUGGACAACUGUCAGGGGUCCUUUACCUUUACAAUCUGAAUAAGGUUCUUAGCCAGUAGGAUGAAGUAGCCAUAGUGGCUGCAAGAGGUUUAACAUUCAAAGGAAGAGGCUUCACUUGAAAUGCAAACAUUAGCUCCUGAUAGAAGGGUUUUUGUUUUUUUUACCGUACUGUGGCAGGGAGAGAGAGUGAAAUUUCCGUUGCUCUCCCUAACAAUCCCAAGGCUUCUGUUUACAUAACAAAAUAUAUUCUUUAUUCUUUCUCCUGGUUAAACUGCUGGGUUAGAGUAUACAGUUCCUUUAAAUCAUUGUUUUGUGUGGUUGCUUUUAGCAAUGUUGAGAUUUAUGUAUACUGCCAUUGAUUUAUUGACAUUAUGUUGAUAUUUGUAUCUGUUUAUAUUACAUUUUCAUUAUCUUUAAUAAUAUUGUUCAUUUGAUAUGAUGUGAUCUGCUUUGUGCACAAUCUUGUGGAAAACCAAGGUCACACCUGUAACAUAUAUUUUAAUGCACACAUUUAUACUACUUUAAAACCCAUGGCUUUCCCCCAAGAAUCCUGGGAACUGUUGCUUGCCCAGCACCCUUAACCAUCGCAGUUCCUAAGAUUCCUUGGUGGAAGUCAAACAUUUCAAAUAAGUUCUACACAAGAGUGGAGUCAGUGGCAUUAAUGAACCCGAGUUAGUCCUUAACAUCAGUAGAUUUGCUCUGAGUAGCACUAGCAUUGAAUACCACCCUGUGUGCUUUAAAUGUAUGGUGCAGAUGCGGCCUAAGAAAUGAAUGAAUACAUUCAGUAUGUUCUGGCAGAAGGCGGCACCUCUUCCUAUAACUGUACAGAGAUAUCCUGGAGAAGUGUUGCACAGGACUGAAAUGCAUCUAACAAUGUAGUAUUUAUUAUAGGCAUCUUUGUUUUUAGGGUUUUUUUAAAGGGAUGGAUUAGCUAUACAGGCUUUAGAAAUUCAUAGCUGUUAGAGAUUAGGUUCAUUCAUUUGCAUCCUUGCAAAGGCCUGCCAUGAGCUAGGCAUGUAGUAAAAAUUUGUUUAAUUAGCCUUCUGUUUCAUGAAUGCCAAGAUUUCCUGUUUAUAUUCUUAAACACACAAACACACACGGUAGCAGCUGUUUGGGCUGUAUUGCUCUUCUGUUUUCCUCAUGAGUCACAACCAAAUACCAGGAGGGGCAAGACGCAGGGACCUCAGUGUGGUGUGCUUUGUGCCAGCACACUGUGCUGGGCUUCAGACACCUUCCCCUCUUCCUCUUGGCGAGGGCAGUGAUAUAUGGUGUUGGAAAGCUGGCAGAGCAACUCAGCUCCACUUGCAGUACAGCUGCUACUGCUGCACACACAGAGAGGAGAGAGGAUAUUUUGCUAAGCAAAACACAAACUUCUGAAAAAAAAGAGAAGUAGUAGUCAGAGUUGCAAGUAUGCUCCUAUGACUUUCUGAAGUGGGUAUUAGAAUUCACCUUUAAUCUUGCGUUAUAAAUAUGUUCUUGCCAUCAAGGGGCUUUUUCCCAUGCUUGAGAUGAAAAGAUCUCUAUCUAAAGUUAAAGUUUAUAAAAUGUUAUUUCACACUAAUUUGGUCAGGGUUGCCGUAUUUAAGAUAGCCACAGCUACAUGGUUGCAUGAACCCAUCUCUCAUUUUUAUGAUUCAGGGCAUGAUUCCACCUUUCAUUAAAUUUGCUUUAUUGGAAUGUUAUGUUCUGCAAGUGUUGGCAGAAGUGUACAGUUGACAUAUCUUUCUAUUAAUGUUCAAAAAAAUAUCUGGGACCAGGAGCAGAUCAGUAGAUAAAACUGCUAAGCCGCUUGCCUUUCAACAAUCCCCUUCUGGUUCAAUAGGAGACUGCAAUUUGCCAUAAUUGCAUCUGUUGGCUUUACCAUUCAUACUGACUUUCAUUUUAAAAAGUAAUUUACCAAUAAAAUGUCACCGUUUCUCACAGUGUGAUGAAAUAUCUGUCAUCUAUUUGUACAUGUGUGGCAGCAAGUUGAAUUUGGCAGAAAUGGAGAUGAAUGCUUUUCCUUUGUUCGUCUCUGCACAUAGUCCAUUGACAAUGGGUGCAAUCUUUUAGUAAUCCAGAAACAAAUGAGGCAUAACAUGACCAAGUCUAUGGAACUCUUUAAGAGUAUUAUUGAGAACUAUUGUUUUAGGAUGCAAUUUAGAAGGGAAGAGAGAGAGAGAGAGAGAGAGAGAGAGAGAGAGGGGUGGAAAUGCAUUUCUUGUGCUGUGUUGAGUGCCCCUAGAGUGUAAAGGUUGGAUAAAAGUCCCAUAAAUAAACUAAGUUAUGGAGAAAGACCCAUAUCUCUGCCCCUAGGUUCAGUGCAUGCUCUAACAAGAUGAGGAUCCUCUCCUCAUCACUCGGUCACCCAUUUUGUUCUUGCCAAUGUGGAAAUCUCUUAUGGCCACAGUCUUGCAAGCUCCAGUUCUUUCUUUGGCUUUAGUUCCAGCAAAUCAGCAUGGCCUUUUCAUUGGCAGUGUUGUAAUUUGUGACUCUGCUGGUUGCAGGGAUCUCCUGGAAACCAGCUGCUCUCCAUAAUUCUACAGCCAAUGUCCUGGUUGUCAAUUGCCUACAGGGGUCUUGCAGCGCCAGACUCCCAGCAGCUGCAUGCAGAAGGAAAUGGCAUUGGAAGGAGUUUUAUUUGUGCAUUUAUCUGCCCCAUUUAUAUCCCAAAGGGAAAUCCUAGUAUAAUGUAUAAGAACCACUGCACUUCACUGCCUUUUUCCUUCAUGUGCACAGAUGAUACAUGUCAGGAUUUACUUGGAGCCAUAAUAAGCUUUCUUAUCCAAUUUCAAUACUUUAGGGAGGAAACAUAUACAGUAGAGUAAUUGAUGAGCUGAUGAGUUUCCUAACAUAUAAAAUAAUAGAAAUGCAAUUUAUAUGCCACUGAUGCAUGACAUUUUUAUAAAUUGGGUGCUGUUGUGAUAGGCUCGAUUCAUUUAAAUAUUUUUAGCAGGUUUAAAAGGAAACCAUAAAAAGUUUGCAUUGUUGGCAUGUUUGCUGAAAAAUAUUGGUUUUUGUUUUGUUUGCCAUAUUCCAGGGGUUUAACUUCAAGAAGGCUGAUAAUUUUAACAAUUUCUUUCUGGUUGAUAUUCUGUACAAAUUUGGAAAUGCUUUAAUCUAUCACAUUAUCCACCUUUUUUCAAAAAAACAAAACAUAACAAAAAACACAUUUCCCCCACUCCCUCCCCCUCUUUUUUUAAAUGAGGCCUCUCAAGAUGAUGGACUGAUAUAAAAAGUAAACAGGACACAUGUAUGGUGCUUUGUGUUGCAUGACAUUGAAAAUGAGAGGAAUCAAUGGAAAGCAACACUUAAAACCUAAUGAAAGAAAACAUACUAUGUAGCACAUUCAUGUAUUGUCUCAGUUCUUCAGCCAAUGCAGCCCAGAUGUGUUUGUGCCAUAUUUCAUUAGCUGAGUCCAACUUGCCAAUUCAAGAGGUCCAAAUCCCAGAUAUUUCUAUUAUUAAAAUAUAUUACCAGUGCCAGGUUGCUUUGCAGGACUGUUUUAACUUUAUACUAUACACAAGAGCGGCAUGGGGUCCGUACACCCUGUCUUCCUAUUUCAUAUGUUGAUUCAUUUUGUCAAUUUGAGAAUUCUUGUUCCUAUCAUUUUGAUAGCAUCAACCUCAAUCGAAGAAUAAGUUAGAUUCUUUUUUCAACAUGCACAGCAGAAAAUUUGUUAGCUGUUCUUUUAAUAGCUUUCCAUGUUUCUAUCUAUAGCAUUCUUCAGAAAUGCACAUAGUUGUUGACUGGCAACCAGAAAACAAGCAAUUAGAGAACAGCUACUUUUCCUGUUGUUGAGUAAGAAAUGUGAUCAAUACAGGGUUUUACAGAAUAAAGAUGUCAUGAAAUAAGUGUUCCAUGAUACCUGUUUCCAACAUGUAAAGCAAUAUUUGAUAAUUAUAUAAUUUUAUAUAGUCAGCUCUAAAAGUCAACCUUUUUUGCUAGCUUAUAGAUGGUAGAUAAUGCAUUUCCACGCAUUGGGUUGUUCUGCAGUUAGCUGUUUUCAUUUUCCUCCUUAGAACAACCUGUCAUCUCUCAUUGCCUAACAAUAUGUAUAGUAAUAGGUUCACUGGUGCCUCAAUGUGAGGGUUUCCAAGCAUACAUCUCACACACACAUUGGCACUGAAUAUCAGCACGUUCUAUAAAACAUGUAUUAUUAUUUUUAUUCCAGAUGCAGGUGAACUUGCUAUCAAAAUUCCUCUUCAUUGCAAAAUGUUGCUAUGAGCAAAGAAAUUUUGCUACCGCGAUGCAAAUCCUAAAAGGACUGGAAAACCUCAUUGUGAGACAAUUACCAGUGAGUAAGCAUUCACUUUGCAAUUCAUCCAGAUAUUGUGGUUUUAUAAUUUAUUUUGGAUGGGCAAUAUGUUGAAUUGCAGCUCAAAGCCCAAGCUUCAGAGGACUAACACUUUGCUUAAUUUCCUUUUCCCCCUAAGGUUUGGAAAUGCUUGUCUUCUAAAGUGUCUGAAAUAAUGGAAGAACUAAAGGCUGUUGAGGUAUUGCAAAAAUAUAAUCUCUUAUAUGAAUUGUGGAUAGGUACAGGAGCCACCUUCAAGUUAUUCUUUUUUUCUUCCCCUACCAUUUCUCCGCUUCCCAGAAAAUCCAGUUUUAGUAAAAAAAUGCACAUACUUUUUUUCUUUUCUAGGGAAAUUUGAGGAAUCUGUAGAAAGCUGAAAGCAAUGGAACUUGCACACCUCUCAUUUUGGAUUGUGCCAAAUAGGUUGGAUCCAGAAUUGGUUAGGUGAAAUUAAGUUCCAUUGAAAUCAUUGAUACUUAACUUAGUCUACUCUACACUUACUGUUCACACUGUUUUUAAUGGGUCCUGAAUCCAACAAACUUAACAUGGAUCUAACACAUUAUGUUUAGCACAAUAUUUAUUUAUUUUACAUUUUACGCUUGUCCCAGUAUUACUCCCAAGAAGCUCAGGUUUCCUCUUUUAUCCCCUCUACAAUCUUGUGAUCCUAGGGGAGACUUUCUCAAACAGUGAGCUUUCAUGAUUAUGGGGGGAAUUUAAGCCAGAUUUCCCUAGUCAGAGCUAGAGCCUCUUAUCUUCUGAACAACAAAGCUUUUUGUUCUUUGCCCCUGCUGAUUGGUUUUACCUGUCCCUCAAGAUAACUCACAUUCAAAUUCUUUGCUAUAAAGAACAUUCACAAAUUCUGGAUAGUGAUUGGUGGAGGAAUUGGAAAAUCAUUCAGGAAAGGAAUCCCUGCCUUUGUUUCCGAAUAGCUUUUAUCUUACUAGAUUCAGUAUAACUGAGAAAGUCAAUCAAUCCAUCAAUUGUAUGUUAUCUAAUACACACAUCUGGAGCUAUGUCCUACUGAAACUAAUUGGGAUUAUUUCUGACUAGACAUGCAUAGGGUUUUGCUGAUUAUAAUCUUUAACUUGUAAACAGAAGUAGUUGUCUUACCACUAACUUUGCCCCCUGGACUCUGGCUUCCUAAAUCCAGAAGUGCUUCUUGUUGAAAAUAUAGUAAUUCUCUUGGCCUGACUACAGUUUCUGAAAUACAUUCCAGAGGGCCCUCAGUUCCAGUGAAAUAGAUAUGCGGCCACUUCAAUUGUUUAAGAUGUUACAUUGCCCUGUCCAGGUUUACCUGACUGGAGAUAAAGCUUUGUAGACUGAGAUCUAGCAUUAAAAUAAGUUUCCAGGCUGUGUCAUGCCAAUCUCUUACUCAAGUUAAGCUUCAGUUACUCGUCUGCAUUAUUUCCUUCUCUAAUCCUGGUUCUUUUCCCUAAAACACUGUUGCACUGAGCAUGUUCUGUACAGUGCCCUAAAGCCCCCAUCAGAUUGAUCUUUUAUGCCAUGUACUAACGUGUCUGCAUAUGUAUCUAUACAAAUUAUACCAGGUGUUUUUAAAAAGUGACAGCUUGUGUUUAAUGGAAGGAGAGAGAUUUAAGACUUCACCAACAAUUCCAUCAGCCCAUGUUCUGGCAAUGCAUGUUCAACAGCUUGAAACUGGAGGAUUUACGAUGAGAAAUGGGACAUAUAAAUGGACUAAACUUAGGUAAUCUUACUUAUGCCACAGAAUUCUUCACAAACCAAUAUAGAGCAAUGGAAACCUUAAAAGUACAUUCAGUAUUUUGGCAUCUCACUAUAGGUAUAAAGGUAAAAAGAGUUGACUUGGUUUGAUUUAAUUGUAUAAUGCCUUGUGUGCAUCUACCAAAAAACCGUUUAAAAAUAUUUAUUAUAUACAUAUUAGUCUUUUCUGUCCUUUAUCAGCUAGGAAACUAACUCAUUUCUUUAAUUUGUUUUUGUUUUAAGAAACAUUGCGAAAGUUGUGAGCCAGGUUCAUGCACUGCAAGAAAACCACUACUUGUUUUCUCCAGAUCACCGGCUGCAAUCUUUCUUAAGACACAGAAUAACAUCUUUUAGUGAUGCAGACAUCUCUGCCAUAGCAGCAGACAACUAUGCCAACUUUUACCAAACACCAGCUGAAAAGCAGUCUCGGAAAAUCCAGGACACACUGCAUAGGAUGAAGGCAAUGUUUCAAUAACUGCUUAUAUUUCAUCCUCAAUUUUUUAAGGUUUAAAUAAUUUACUUUUUGUAGUAAUUGGUCCAUAAAUGUAUCAUCUCAGCAGUGACUGAGCUCUAUUUAUGAAUGUUUCAGUUUGAAAAAUCCGAACAUUAAGCAAAAGGGGCAAGAUUCCUACUGUGUUGCUCACUUGUCAAGUAGCAAGUUGCCAUCAUAUGAAUUUGUCAAAGCUGUGUGUCAUGUGAGGAAAUUAAAUAUUAAGUCCUUAUUGUUUUGUUUUAAUUUUGUCUGAACAGUGGAGUUUAUUGGACAAUAUGAGUGCUAUAUUUAUAUCAAGUUUGAGUAUUUAUUAUCUUGUCAGGAGGUAUAUUAAUUUUUGGUUGAGAUUUGCUUUUCCUUUAGGAAAAACAAACUGAUCUCUUGCAGUAUGAGUUAUUUCUAUCAUAGAAUAAGAGGUGCUAAAUGUGGAAAAGGAAGGCCAGUAUACAUCUCUACAUUUCAGUAAGGCUUGUAGUUGCCUCAACUAUUCCAUUUCCAAACAAUGAACUCAUUAUCCACCACUGUUCUUUGAACUGGCCCCAUUCUACUUUCAGAGCCUAUUGAAGAGGUGAUUUUAUUCAAGAUUUCACUUGAAAUGAAUGCUGUGCCAAAAAGGCAUUUUGAUGCUUUCUGCUAAAAGCUUAUUCAAGCCAUUACAUGAGCCUCCCCUUUGGUGACCUUUCAAAGGACCUUACAAAAGGGGGUGAAAUUAUGUUUUUGCAGGCCUAUCCCUUGAUCUGAAUGGAUUUUUUUGGGGGGGAGGGACACAUCCCUGUUAACAAGCCAACCAGACCAACACCUUUUUAUUUUUGCCACACUGUACUGCAAUAACAUAAAUUUCACAACAUGGCAAAAUAUGAAUUGUUAGCCUGGUUACCUCUUAUUUCCUAUUCAAUAUGGAUGAAGGCAAUGGAUUGAAUUUACUUACCCUCGUUGACGUCUUCACUUGGGGCACAAUCGAGCGAGGCAGGCCAGAAUUUCAGAACCUCAAGAGAGCUCCAGCUCAGUGUCCAGACUGGACAGCAUUCUGCUCACACAAGGCCUGAUUCCCCCUGGUAGCAACAACAAACAUUGGUAACAUUGAAAUCACAGACCACAUCCCAGUAGAGGCUACCUUCAAAAUAGGAGAGGAACAAACUACCCCAUCAUGGUUCUUCAGCCCCAUCCUAACCACAAACCAACUAUCUCAGGGGUCAGCAACCUUUUUCAGCCAGGGGUCUGUCCACCGUCCCUCAGACCAUGUGGAGGGGCCGGACUAUAUUUUUUGGGGGGAAAUGAAUGAAUUCCUAUGACCCACAAAGAACCCAGAGAUGUAUUUUAAAUAAAAGUGCACAUUCUACUCAUGCAAAAACACGCUGAUUCCCUCCAACUUUGCUAAUAGAAAAGUAUUGUGUUUCUCUUUACUUUGUUUUUUUAAAUAAGUAACUUGUGUUUUGUGCUUAAGGAGACAGAUAGAUCCUGGCAACUGCUGAACUUUGUUUUCAGAAUUGGAACCAGCCGUUGUUUUUCCAUACAAUCCUAGGUGUAACCUGAGACCUGCAUAGCAGGAGACCUGGGAGAAGCUAAGCCAAUCAAUUUUGCAAUCUUCUUUCCUAUCUAUAUUCCAGCCUCUGUAUCCAUGAACCCAUCCAUCUUAAUGUAGAAUGCCAGAGCAGCUAAGUGCCUUGAAAUGGACCUUGCUGCCAACUGCCUCUCACUUUAUGUCACUGCAGUAGCUAGCUGUGCAUGUAUAACUACCCCCCACUUUGUGCCUGGACUCCUCAAUUCUUUGAAGCACUUGCAUGUCUCGCCCUAGUUCUGGGUGCCAGUGAUAACUGGAUGGCCCUGUGUCCUUGGCAGUCAACGUACUACAGUGCCUACAUUGCAUCAGGCAAGAAUGAGAAGGCAUCAUUUGUGAUGCUUUUAAAGCCCAGCACAUGUUUUGCUGUGAAGCCACUCUACAAUGCUCAAAACACUUCAUUGCUGUAAGGAAGGUUGACUGGUACUGUAUGGUAUAGAAUGAGAUUGGCUUGCUGAAAACCACAUUGAGUCUACAGGCAUUAAAUCUUGCAUUUCUAUCAACCCCUCUCUCUUUCCUUCAAGGGCCUUAGUAAUGACAGUUGUAGUUAAUUGUUUCCUCUGAAGAGUUAACAAGGUAGAACUGUAUGGAAGCUUCUAUCUUUCAGUAGCCUCCCAGUGAAGAAGCUGAGGUUUAGCCUUACCAAGUCUAAUAAUCAGACAAAACUUUGGUAAUUAGUUUAAAUAAAGCUACCCCCAGUAUGUAUACUAGGGUACUAAGAUACCCACCCACUUGUUGUUGUUGUUUAGUCGUUUAGUCAUGUCUAACUCUUCGUGACCCCAUGGACCAGAGCACGCCAGGCACUUCUGUCUUCCACUGCCUCCCGCAGUUGGGUCAAACUCAUGCUGGUAGCUUCGAGAACACUAUCCAACCAUCUCGUCCUCUGCCGUCCCCUUCUCCUUGUGCCCUCCAUCUUUCCCAACAUCAGGGUCUUUUCCAGGGAGUCUUCUCUUCUCAUGAAGUGGCCAAAGUAUUGGCACCUCAGCUCCAGGAUCUGUCCUUCCAGUGAGCACUCGGGGCUGAUUUCCUUAAGAAUGGAUAGGUUUGAUCUUCUUGCAGUCCAUGGGACUCUCAAGAGUCUCCUCCAGCACCAUAAUUCAAAAGCAUUAAUUCUUCGGCGAUCAGCCUUCUUUAUGGUCUAGCUCUCACUUCCAUACAUCACUACAGGGAAAACCAUAGCUUUUACUAUACGGACCUUUGUUGGCAAGGUGAUGUCUCUGCUUUUUAAGAUGCUGUCUAGGUUUGUCCACCCACUUAGGCAGCCCUGAAAGUGGAUUAUGCCCACAAAGUCCUAAACUUGCCUAACCUUCCCUGGGUUAUGAGUCUAAAUAAUGGAUAGCUAAUUUGUUGCCAUCCAGAUGUUAGACUCUCAACUCCCAUCAUCCCCAGCCAGCAUUGCCUAUGAUAAAGGGUGAUGGGAGUUGUAGUCCAGCAACAUCUGGAGGGCCAAGGGUUCCACAUCCCUGGUCUAGUCCAAUGAAGGCCUAGCAAGGCUUCCCUUCCUAUGCUAAAAAGGGCAUCUGUGGAAAUCCAGAUUCAGAAGAGCAGCUACAGCAAAGACCCUCCAGAGCCAUAUUAUUCUGGAAAUGGCAAUCCUGAGCUUAGCCUCUUCUCCUUCCUGACCUGUUGAGAUCAAAACCUGCACACAAUUAACAAACACUGAUUUCUUGUGGUGUUUCAUUCCAGUUGGUCUUGCUUUCUUUAUAGCCUCUCAAUACUUUUCCUUGAUUACUGAGCUAUUUGUGUAUAACUUUGAAACCGCCUUGCAUUUCUUGUGUGUUACCAGUUUUAUUGCACUGAUUUUGAGUGUGCAUAUUCUCCCUC